AUGUCGCACCAGGAGUUAACAGAGAGGCUAUCCUCAGUGAUCACUCAUGUCGGUAAGAUAAUUGGUGGCUGGGGAGGAGGAGAGGGAUGGAGCUGGGGAGAUGUGAAAGGAUGGGUCCAUAAUAUCUGCAUUUAUAAACCAUCAGUCAGUAUGGGACUUUACACCAGCUGGAAAUUACAUACUGUUAGAGAAAAUAUGAGCCAUGCUGCAGUAUGAUGUCAUAUAUAUAUAUGGGUGAAAUGACAGUGCAUAAUAUAUUGUGUUAUAUUGUAUCUAUCUAUCAUCUAUGUGUCUGUCUAUCUUGCUGUUUUGUCUGUCCAAUGAUAUUUGAUGUUUAUCCCCUUUUUUUAAGGUACAUAGUUGCAUCAGUGUCUCUAGUAAACCUCCUGAUUUCAUGGGUUAUCCUGCCCAUUACAUUGCAAUAUGUUGAUGACCUCAUAGUUGAUGUGUCAUUGUUUUUGGAAUUGUGUAUGAAAGUGGUGUAGCUCUGGGUCAUUCUCUCUAUAUAGCAUUUAGUCUACUGUAAAAUGUUGCUGCUGAUAUCAGGGGAUAUUCCCUGAUGUGAUUACACCUAGCCCUGACCAUAUUGCAAAUCAGCAAAGCUUCCUGGGUAUCUCCCAAUCAUAUUGCUAGUAAGGUUUUUUAAAUACAUCAGGCAUUAACACACAGACUCACACAUAAAAUCAAUAGUUCAUGCUUGACAAUUCUGUGUAAGCAUAAAUCCUCACUGGAAUGAAUGAUUAAUUGAUGUGUAGUGUGUACCACAGACAGAAUGUAAAGAAGUAACACGGUGUUGGUGUGAAAUGUUUAAUUAAUCUCUACAUUUCUACAAAUGUAGAAAUUUUAGUGAUGUUUGACCAAUAACAAUUAAAAUGUUAAAUAACAUUAUUUAUGUUCUUUAUAUUUAAUGUUUGACUAAUUACAAUUAAAAUCUUAAAUAACAUUCCCUUCUAUAAAGCAGACUGGCCAUUUUAAAUUAUUUUUGUCAACCAUCUAUGUGUGGCCCUGUGGUUAAACAUACAUGGAUCACUUACAUUACGCAAGCAUUAGAAAAACAUGCAUCACACAUGAUCACACAUAUCACACAAACAAAAACACAUGCAACUCACAAUGCGGAUGCAUUUUACAGACACACACAUGCUGCACAUAUUACCAUUUACAUACAAAUGUGUUCAUAUGACAUCAUGACACACAUGAACAUUCAAAAAAUGACACCUAUGCAUAGUGAUUCAUACACACAUACACUGACACAUUACAUGCUUGGAUAUGUGAGUACUUGAGAUGUGUUAGUUUAAGUGUAUGGAGGCUGCAUAGACUAGUGUGGACUGAAUUCAGAAAAGCUAAAUACAUCACUUUAUUAUUGGAAAAUGCCUAGACUAAAGAUGAUUUCAUUACUGAAGUAUUCUACCAUUGUGCUAUGUGUAAGUAUAACUAUACACAGAACAAUGAUUGUUAAAGCCAAUGUUAAAUUAUCCAGUUUUGCUAAUUGCCUUAUUCAUAACGUUAUCCAUUAGAUCAUCAUUUUUCUUAAAAUCAACUUAGCACGAACUUCGCCAUUUCCUGUCUUUUGCGUUUUAGAGUAAUUGUCUCAAAUUGGUUUUGAGAAACAUAUUUGCUUUUUUAAUUUGAGAGCCCUUUUCAAACUUAAUAGAGUGUAAAAAGGUGGAAUAUAAAUUUAUAGCAUCAAUUAAACCCAGCAAGGGGGUUACGCUUAUGUUUCAUGCAGGAAUAAUAUGUCUUUUCAAGUUUCCUCUUCUUUUAAUUUUCGCCCAUGCACCAUAUUCUUGUUUCCCUUUAUAUAUAUCUAUGACCCCUACCAGUGAUAGACCUGUGUCUUUUCUCAUGCUCCCUGACACAUAUGUCUAUUUUGAUGACUCCUUCCUCUUGCCUAUUUCUUAAUGUUCUUACCACUUGGUUCUUCACAUGUUUCCUUACAAUUUUUUUGUCCGUGCUCCCACCACUUAGCCCUGUGUCUAUCUCUAUGCUCUAAUACCUAGGUUUUUUCCUCAUCCCCCAACCAACCACCCCUGUGUCCUUUCCCCAUGACUCCUUCACACUGUUCUUCCACUAUUAAAUCUUUGUGUCUCUCCACACCUCCCCACCAUACACCGUGUGUCUUCUCCUAUUCAACCAACCAUUCAUUAUAUUAACUUGUUUUCACUUACUAGGAAAUGUAUUCAUUUUUUUUUAAUAGCCUUAACUUUUGCUGCAAUGCCAUUGCCAUAGUGAUAAAGACUACAAUAUGAAGUCCACUGACAUCUGCACACAGUAUUAUGCAGCAACUAGCAUGUUCCCAUGUGACUAGGAAAUGUCAGAUGCUGCAAGGUGAUUUAGAGGCAGGGCAACAAAAGGUGACACAGUCUUAUCCAUCCCCGAGGUCACAUAUCAGGGUGUGAUUUGCAGUGGCAAGUUUCAGAAUUUCAUUAGAUGAAAAAGAUAUCCAGACUUGGACACUUGGACUUUUUUUUCUGCCGAAAAAGAUUUGGUAAAAUGAAUCAGAUGAACCAAAAGGGGGGGAAAAUGGAAUAGUGUACUGUACAAUAUAUGCAUAGGAUGAAUAUUAGUUGCAUAUUUUGUAAUACACUUAUAGGCGCUAUUUGUUUCCAAUAAAGGAAAAAUAAGAAGAGCAAUAAGAUAUUAUACAUUUAAUUAAUAUAUAUAAGUAUAGAUAUGUAUAUAAAUAUAUAUAGAUUUAUUUGACUGCUCCUCCUUUUUUCCCCCUCUAUUGGCCACUUCUUACUUGAUGUGUGAGUAAAAUAAACAUUUAGUAGUUGUCUCCUAGCCAUUAAUCAUCUUAUUCUUUUUGGUACCACAGGCGGAACUCAAACAUGAUUCAAAGCGAACAAUCUUGUUUCUUUCAUGAUUAGUCUAUGUGGUUGAUUGGAAAUCAGGAUUUUGGACAAUCAAUCGAAUGACCCAAAUUCAGACAUAAUACACUUUUUUUUUUUUUUGCAGCGCAUAUGAAGGUAACAUACAGGCAUGAGGUACCCCAAAGGCAAUCCGCAUGCACAUUUCGAGACAUUGGUUACACAGUAUUGAGAGCAUUGGGGUAUGUUAGUACAGUGCACUAAUUUGAUAUAUAGGUAUAUGCUUGAGUCAUGCUAGUUAGGCAUUUUGUACAUUAAGGUUCCGUUAGCGUUAAUUUUACUAGGCUGGUGUUAGUAACUCAGUUGCUAUAACAUGGGUAUAACAUGGAGCCUAUACAGCGAUCAUUUAUUUUGUUAUAGUCGGUGUUCUUAGCUAUACUAGGCUUAAUAGCAAUCGACAGUCACAUUAUUCUAAUCAUUAUAACAUUUAGAGACAGUAAGUUGGCAGCAUAAUGGUAUUGUGCAGUGAUAAGUUACAAGCUGUGUAGGCUGCAGUCUGCUAAGGCUGGGCCUGCUGUUGCGAGGUCGUGAGGCCCCUAGCAUGUACUUCUUCAGCUGAUGCCCUCUUUAUGGAAGCGGUAUGUGCUCGUCGCUGGGUCUCUGCUUCCUGCUGCUGUGCGGGUGUCAAGGUGGGCGUCCCUCCAGCCCCGGAAUGGUAUGUAGGCCUGCAUCCUUAGGCCACAAAUCAGCUACCACUAGGGCCCGGGUUUUCUCCACUUGUGUGAGUGAUGGUAGGGCUAGGUUCAGUCUGUUUCUUACGUUACUUGUGCCUCCGUCUAUGUGGUCGAUGCCUCUGGGCUCUCUGCCCGGUGGCCUGCGGCCUGGGUGGGCUAUGCAGUGUGUGGGAAAGUAGUUGAGGUGGCGUUGUGCCUGAGGGCGCCCCCCGCUUUUUUGCCGCUCCGCCCGUCAGUCGGCGGUAGUGUGGGUCGCUUGUUUAGGGCUGCUUGUUGCCGCUGUGUGAGGAGUUCCCAGAUGUGGCUCAAUAUCGCCUCUUUGCUUUGUAUGGGCUCACUCCAUUGCAGUUGCGUCGGUCGUAUGGUCAACCUGCAUGUCUCAUUGCCGGCCGCCAUUUUAGGUGCGCCUUGUAUGGGAUUGCAGCCUUGCUUGUCUAGGUCCGGUUGUUAUUGCUGUCUCAGUUGGUUCUUGUGAUUGUCGAGUGCAGGCCGGGAUAACCCCCACCGGCCCAGGGUGGGGGGGAGGAAGGCAGGUGCACUGAGGGUCGUGUGUGCGGUUUUACCAUCCAGAAGAGCGGCCGUCUCUUCUUGGCUCUGCCGCAUGUAGGCCCCUUGUGUUUUGCGUGGGUACCUGGGCAGUGUGUGUCCCGCUUGUGGGUUUCUUCGAUGCCCCCUGGUUUCCCCAGCUUGUCUCGUGCCCUCUGACUUGUGGGUGAGUUUGCUUUCGGGGUAUUCAUCCCCAUUUUUGUCACUUCUAGCCGGAGCUGAUCCACAACACGUCUAUCCCGCUCGGCAGUCAGGCUCCACCCCCCAUAAUACACUUUUUAACAAAACAAAUGUCCAAGUCUGGAUACACUGAUCAGCCACACCAUUAAAGCCAUCUGCAUAAUAUCAUGUCAGUUCCCUUUGUGCUGCCAAAACAGCUCUGAUACAUCGAGGCAUGGACUCCACAAGACCUCUGAAUGCGUCCUGUGGGAUCUGGCACCAAAACAUUAGCAGUAGAUCCUCUCAAGUCCUGCAAGUUGCAAGGUGGGGCCUCCGUGGAUCAGAUAUGUUGUUCCAGCACAUCGAACAAAGGAACAAUCGAAUUGAGAUUUGGGGAGUUUGGAGGCCAAGACAACACCGUGAACUCUUUGUCAUGUUCCUCAAACCAUUCCUGAACAAUUUUUGCAGUGUGGCAGAGUGCAUUAUCCUGCUGAAAGAGGCCCCUGCCAUCAGGGAGCACCAUUGUCACGAAAGAGUGUACAUGGUUUGCAACAAUCUCCAGGUAGGUGGUACGUGUCAAAGUAACAUCCACAUGAAUGCCAGGACUGGCUGUUCACUUGCUGCCUGAUAUAUCCCCCCCCACCCCCACCUCCUUGACAGGUGCUGAUCAGUGUAUAUUUAGUGUUCACUUUACAUUACUUUUAAGUGUAGCAGUUUUCAUAGAUAUUGUUAGAAACAGAGGUAUAUUUAGGCAUAUGGGUAAUGUACCAAGUAAUAGAGAACACUGCCUGUGGAUUUUUUUUAACAUUUGUAUCACUUUAAGACAAAUCAUGAUAUAUAUAGUUUGCACCUCCCCCACCUUAGCCUCAAGAACCCACAAGCAAAUGAGUUUAGCUUUUGUAGGUGUGUAUUAUAUAAUUAUGCUUUCCACAGGGAGUGACAGAGUUGUCUGAACCUCUGGUUGCUAGCGUAUACCGAUGAGAAUAUGAUUGUUUUUGAUAUAAUUAUAGGUGCUGGACUUAUUUUUUGCAAGUGGUAUAAAGUGAAAACUGGCCUCUGUAAAUUAAAGUGAGUAAUUCAUAAAAUGCAUACUGAUAAUUCUGAGCCGUUAAAGUCUAUAACUGUAGGAUGCAUUGCGGCCAUUCUUAUAAACUAUUUAUAAAGCACAAAUAGAUACAGCUUCCUGUAGUACUGAAAACCUACAUUUGUGGGGCUUUCCAUGCUGAGUGACUAGCCAAAGGCCACUUCUAGUUUUGUCUACAUGUAGAGGAUAUCUUAUAUCUGUCGUGUCAACAUUAUAUCUGCAGUUUCCCCCCUCUUUUAUUGAUGACUGGAGAUACUGUUGAGAGGUUGAGAAAUUGUUUGAAUUUGGUGAUCUUUUUAAUUUAAAAAAAAAAAAAGGCAAAUUGUUUUGUAUAUAGACCACUAAAACUGGCUUUUCAUAGGGCUGUCAGAUCCUAGUCACUCUAAAAGACAGGUCUGCAUUUUGUGUUCUGUCUUCUAGCAUGUCUCCCAACUGUCCCUUUUGGCGGGACAGUCCGGAUUUUCGGGAUGAGGUCCAACUCUACCCCUAAUGUGCUUGUAUUUUGCUUGUUGGGGACAGGUUCCUGGUAUUUCCAAAAGCAUGGCACUAGAGGAAGUCUAGUGCCAUGCUUUUGGAAAUACCAGGAACCUGUCCCCAACAAGCAAAAUACAAGCACAUUAGGGGUAGAGUUGGACCUCAUUAAAGUAGUUGUUGUUUCCCAUAUAAUGUGUAUGUAUAGUUAUAUGGUGUUGAACAGGGCAUAUACAUGAUUAAGGCUUGACGCUGAAAUGUUGUAUAUAAUUUUGUUCUUCUGAUCCUGAAUUAAACUCCUUCCUGUUUGCACUACUCUGUGAAAGCUUUGGCAUUUGUUUUUGAAUACUUUUAAGGGACUGCGGAUCCCUUCCAUGGUGCUCCAGGUGUGGUAGUUGAUUCUACUGGGUUCCCUGAAUGCAACACUGUCAUUGGGUCAAGGGAUUGAGCACAUGGGGUAAAUACGAAGUACCCAUAUCAUGGGGCAGCUACCCACCAUCUUUAAACCUCACAUGAGGUGAAGGCUUGAUUGGCAGCUUCUCAUUCAUUUGUUAUCAUUGUUAACCCUUUAAAGACCAAACUUCUGGAAUAAAAGGGAAUCAUGACAUGUCACACAUGUCAUGUGUCCUUAAGGGGUUAAAAUGAAAGAUUACAUUUAUUAUAGCCUUUGCAUACAUUAUUUUGUAAUUUAGGUUUAAAGGAACAUUCCAAGCUCUAUAGCCACUACAGUGCAUUACAGUAGUUAUCGUGCCAGAAGUAUCAUGCGGAACCCGCCAAUAUAAUAAGUAAAAAUCCAUUCGGUGAUGGUUUCACUUUUUACCUGGAGUUUGCCGAGUGACGCUCCCUGUUCCCACUGCUCUUUUCACUGAGCUAUGCACAGUAGUCCAGGGCUUAGCUAAUUGGUUGAGAGCAACCACCUGGUGUUCUCAGCCAAUGAGAAAGCCUUGCUAAGAGCUUCAGGCACUCAGUACUAGCUGUAGGGACCGGUGGACCAACGGUAAGGAGUCAAAUAUAUGGCAAUGGUUUUUACUACUUACUAUAGGGGUCACUAGGGCACUCUAGCAUGUUUAAUUGGUUACGGUGCACAAAAUGUUCCUUGAGCGUCCUCUCGAAAAAAGAACCAGCACAGAUGCACUUACAAAUGCACUGAAUUGUGACUUGUCAGGAAAUUAAAGUGAAUUCCAAGUUAAUUUAAAAUGUUAUAAAUGGGAAAGAGUCAGCUUUAAGAUCUUGGAGGUGCCCCAGUGGCUGUCUGGAAAACAGCCACUGGAGGCAGACUUAGUGCUGCAAUGUAAACAUUGCCGUUUCUCUGGAACUACAAUGUUUAACAUUACAGCACUAAGUGCAAUAUGGACACUGCACCCAAACCACCUCAAGUGAGCUGAAGUGAUCUGGGUGCAUAGUAUCCCUUUAAGCUUUUUUUGUUGUUUACCGCAGCCAUACUGGAACAUAUCCUCCUGAAUUUUUUUGUCAAUGGAUUAUCAAAUUACACUUUGACUGAAUUGUGACUUGUCAGGAAAUUAAAGUGAAUUCCAAGUUAAUUUAAAAUGUUAUAAAUGGGAAAGAGUCAGCUUUAUUUUUAGCUUGACUUAUUUUGGCCUAAAAUUUAGCAGUUGCUUUGAAUUUACUUUGAAUUUCCAAUGUUUCAUGCAUCAGUGAAUCGCCCCGACAAACACAAAUAUUCAAAACAACAAUGAAUAAAUUCAUAUGAAUGCAGUUUUUUUUCUGCUGUCUUUUCUAGAGUUCAGAGUGAUCCAUUUAAUGUCAGUAAAACAGAAAGCUACUAUCCCUUCAGGCACAGAGUCUAGUUAGAAUGUGCUUUUUGAUAUUCUUAUUCUUGGUUCUUAGAUGAACACUAUAGCGUUAGGAAUACAAACCUGUAUUCCUAAUGCUAUAGUGUCCCUGUCCCUAUUUCUGUGGGUUCCCUUUCCCACCGAUGUGUAAAAGAUUAAAAACCCUUUAGGGAGCAGGAUGGGUCUCUAGUGGCUACUUGGAAGACAGAGAUGGACUUUUUCUUAAACUGCACUGUUUUACAUUACAGGGUUAAGGGGACAGGGCCAUUUCACUCAGAUAAUUUUAGUGAGAUUAAGUGGUCUGAAUGCCUAUAGUGUCCAUUUAAUACCAUUUUCAGGGUUAUUCAUUAAAGUUAGAAUUCAAAGUGAGCUCAGAGUGACUUUAAAAUUUAAGGCCAAAGUAGCUGAAGUAGUAGCAUAGCUGACAGAUAAUUUUUUCCAGUUUGGCUAUUUUAACCCCUUAAGGACCAAACUUCUGGAAUAAAAGGGAAUCGUGACAUGUCACACGUCAUGUGUCCUUAAGGGGUUAACCUUAAUUUUGAAAUUUACUUUGAAUUCUCUUUUAGUGAAAACCAUGCAAAUAUGUUUACUUGUAUUCUGUUGUUUAGUUUCUUAAAGGGACACUAUAAGUGCCAGGAAUACAAAGCUGUAUUCCUGGCACUAUAGCCCAUCUGCCACCCCCUCCCUCGCGCACCCCUCUCCCUAGUGAAUAAAGGGUUAAAAACCCAUUUACUACCCUACGCCAGCGCCGAUGUCCCUCAGCACUGGGUCGUGGCUCUACCUCCUCCUCUGUCCUGUGAUGAGCGGGCACUAAUACGCAUGUGCAGCAAAUGCCAUUGAAUCGCUGCUUUCCUAUGGGGAAAAAUCUGACGCUGAUGUCCUCAUUCAGAGCGUGAGGAUGUCCAGUGUCAGAUACCGGACCAAAGGUCCGUUAAUAUCUUGGAGGUGCCCCAGUGGCUGUCUGGAAAACAGCCACUGGAGGCAGACUUAGUGCUGCAAUGUAAACAGUGCAGUUUCUCUGGAACUACAAUGUUUAACAUUACAGCACUAAGUGCAAUAUGGACAAUGCACCCAAACCACUUCAAUGAGCUGAAGUGAUCUGGGUGCAUAGUGUCCCUUUAAGCUUUUUUUGUUGUUUACCGCAGCCAUACUGGAACAUAUCCUCCUGAAUUUUUUUGUUAAUGGAUUAGCAAAUUAAACUUUGACUUAUUUUUUAACCUUUUUAAAUAUUUAAAAGUACACUCCACUGUCCAAAUGGGCAGAAAAAGUAAAAAUCACAUGUGGGCAUGUUUUCAUAGGGGUAUAUCAUAGAAGUGCUUGCAAAUGCUGCAGUUUUUAUGAACUCAUUGAGAAGUCUCUGAUGUUCGGCACAGUAUUCUGGUCUAAGGCUUGAGAAGGAGGUAUGUGGGGAGGAGGAAAGGAGAAAGAGAGCAUGUCUGCCACUUCCGUUCACUCAGGUGAGCUAAUGGAAGCAGGAUAUAAACCUACCUGGCUGCAUGGGCAUCCGCAGGAAAUUUUCCAGGCGGGGCAUAAUUGUAAUGACAUCCAUGCUUGGUCCUUUUUUGACAGUGUCAUGAAAGGAAAGGGGCACAGUCAUUAUCACAUAAAGCCAGGGUGAAAAGCGUUUUCACAACUAUGGUGUCAGGAAUACAUGUUUGUAUUCCUGACACUAUAGUGUUCCUUUAAAGGGACUCUCCAGUGCCAGGUAAACAAACCGUUUUCCUGGCACUGCAGGUCCCCUCUCCCUCCCACCUCCCAUCCCAGGUUGCAGAGGGGUUUAAAAUCCCUUCAGUGACUUACCCGUAUCCAGUGCCGAUGUCCCUCAGCUCUGGUUCAGGCUCCGCCAACUCUCCUUCCCCUACUCCCCCGCCGACGUCAGCACAUUGCAUUACACUCCCCCAUUGGAUAGCAUUAUUCAAUGCUUUCCUAUGGGGAUUCCAGCGACGCUGCAGGUCCUCAUGCAUUGCGUGAGGAUGGCCAGCAUCAUUUAAAACACAAAGUGUUUUAAGAACCCGGAAGCUCCUCUAGUGGCUGUCUCAUAGACAGCCACUAGAGGAGGACUUUAACCCUGUUAGGCAAUUAGUUCAGUUUAUGAAAAACUGCACUAAUUACACUUGCAGGGUUAAAGGUAGAGGGAGUUGGCAUCCAGACCACUACAAUUAGCAGGAGUGGUCUGGGUGCCUGGAGUGUCCCUUUAAGCAAACUAAAAGGAACAUUCUGGUCACCAUAACAACUUCAUCUAAAUGAAAAUGCUAUGAUGCCAGGAAGCCCCUGGGUGUUCUCUUUCCUUUAAGGGGUUAAACCACUCUAAAAUGGUUUAACCCCAAAGGCUUCCUCCAGCUCUAGAUCUCCAGGUCGCUCAGUGGUAUUCAGCUUCUGAAACGGAGUGUCAGGAAGUGCAGAUUUACAUCAGGCAUGGGUGCUGCAGAUUGGCUAGAGUGGUCAGUUGACGUUCUAAGCCAAUCGCUAGUUCCCGGUUCAUAAAAAUGUUUUACUUUUUUAUGAAUGGGCCUUAUGAUGUGAUGUCUCUGCUGGUUGCAUGUGCUGCUCCCCUGCGGUUUCAGUCAACAGAGAAAAGCUGGGAUAAGAUGUAGCUUCCUAUCCCUGUCUCUCUGCAUACACAAAGUGCAGUGCAUUUUCAAUCUCACACGGAAAAUAGCAGAACAAGUUGAAAAGGGGGCUGAAAGAUGUACUCCUUUAUGGGUGAGGAGUGGUCUUUUAAUUUUGCUCAUUUUUCAUUGAAUUCAAACAGAUUAAAUGCCUGAUGUAUGCAAACAAUAGUAUCCCUAUUCUAGUGUGUGAUAUGCUGUAUAAUAUGCAGGGUGGACAUUGGACAAUGAUAUACCAGCUGUCACUGCCUCAUCCUGUGUGUAAGGACAUUGGACCAAUAGAGGUCACUGAAGGACCAGACAUAUUUUUACUACAGAAGGAUCUCAGAUUAUGUCAGAGAAAACUUUGAGGAGUAAAUAUUUGAGCAUUAAGGAUCAUUUCAGGUUGUCUAUGGAUUGAUGAUUUUAUUUUACUCAAACAAAAUAAAUACACAAAAAUAAAUUUUAUUAUUAGAGUCCUCAAACAUUUGUAAAAUUUAUGUAAUAUUGUCAGUUUUGGUGGUUUAGACCCUUUAAAUACAGAAAUAGACAGUAGAUGUUGUAGUCCAAAUGGUGAAGUGUUCUGUGGACUAUAGUUUGAAAGAUGAGCCAUGCUUGGUUGUCAGCCAGUGUUGUUUUUUUUAAUUUCCCUAAUCAUGUGAUCAUACUUUCUGUUUGUCUGUUGUAGCGCACACUGGAGGUUUUAUUUUGAAUGUCACUUUCAGAGAAAUUGGGCAUGAUGAUUUAACCAAGUUGAGCCAUCUUUGUGAGCUGGGAAAAAUCUGCAGACCUAUUGUCUGCAGCAUUUGCAAGCACUCUCCUCUUUCGCAAACAGAGACUUUCAAACUGUGCCAGGGAAUUGACCAAACAUAGCUUUCUUAUUGAGAAGCUUCUGUGCUGGAGCAGGAGCGCAUGCACAAUAAUCCAAUUGUCGCUUUCCAUUGCUUCUCAAUGUGUUGUAGUACAAGUCACUGAAGUGAGGGAGGUCAAUUGGAAGAGAAAGAAAACCUGUCCCGCUGUCUGAAUGAUCAGCCAAAGAUGUGUUUUUCCCUCUAUUUUUUAAAGUAGGGCUUUCUUUAGAAAUCAGCACAUUUAUAAAUUGUCAAAAAAGGAAUAACUCUAGACAGCAGCUGGCUUUCUUUUUGUAUCUGGAGUGUUCCUUUAAGUAUAAUUUUAAAAAGUAAUUACAAGAAAGGUAGCUGGAAUUAGAAGAUUCAUUUUGUUGAAAGGAGGGGGGGCGGGGCCGCACCGCCAUACGGACCAGUCACAUGGCGGAGGGGCUCCUGAGAAAUCAGGCCUUUAAGCCAUAAUAAGCAGUCACCCAGACUCGCAAACAGCAAGAAACUACUCAGUUCCGGACCCCCCACGGGAAGCACGAGACUUCGGAGGCCGCGGCCUACUCUAGGAGGAGCGGGGUGGACGGCUGCUGCUCCGUCUCCCUACUAUAUUGCCUCACGCUGGAAUGUUGAAUGUCUGCCGGUUCCUGUUCCCCCCCUCUGGGCCGGGGGGGUCAUCCUGGUCCACACUGGGGCACACUCAAGCUGACCUACAAACUGACUAAAGGGCGCUGGACACGCAAGGCCCACAGCCCAAGAUGGCGGCGGCUCAGAGCACCUACCUAACCGCUCCUGCGACAUAGAGCCACAACAGCUGUCUGAACGAAGGUAGAGCGACCGCAGCGGACCCAGGCCAAAGGGAAAAGGGCACCAAGAAAUCCAGCGGACCCUCUGCAACACGCGCCUCCCUAGCCGAGAUUGUAGCUGGAGGGGACUCAUGAGUCAUCGCCUGCCCAAGUGACACAAGCACGGAGUACUCCACAGCAUAAUGCAGACCGGGCAAUAUCAGAGCUGACUGCUCACCUCAUGCCAUCUGGGAAUAGACACUCAUGGACGAGGCAUGCAGUCAUACCUGGUCCCCACCAACUUCUCCCCGCCGGGGUCCGCACGGACACAUAUAACAGCAAGACAGCUCAGCCACAGUGGUUUCACUGUUUCUUCUCGCUCAAGACAACGAGCAUACUCACCUUGCAUGUUUGGGACACAUAGCUCCAUCACACAAGUAACACUCUAAUACAUGGUUUAUCCUGCUUACUGAAAUAUAAAUGUUUACCAUAGUUGGGAAUGCAGUGUCACAUACACUUCACACUAAGCAUAACUAAACUUGUGCUGUUUUAACGGCCACACUUUGAAAUGCCAUGAUAAUGCUUGCAGCAUCUGUUGUGGCUAUGCACGCCUGUUGUUACUUUAUGUACAAGUAAAAUAAAGAAUUAAAAAAAAAUAAAUAAACAAACAUUUUGUUGAAAGGAGACAAAGUUGAAAAAAAAUAUUUUUACAGAAAUAGUGUUAGAUGCAUGGAAUUGCCUACGAGUAGUGGUGGUAGAGACAGUGAAUAAGAUUAGGACAACAUAAGAUUGUGCCUUGAAAUAGGAUAUUGACAAACUAAAUAAGGUCAUUGGUGCUGUUUUUUUUUAAUAAUCUUGAAUGUGUAAAACGUAAAAAAAAAAAAAGUUUUGAUCUAGAAAACUGUUUCUCAGAUUUUGCGUGGUCUCCUGGCAACAGUGUAAAAUUAUACUACUUUAAUUAAAAAUUAUGGUACAUGAUGUUUGCCAUAUGUGACAGAACUGAUUGGUAUAUGUAAUCUACCAAUCUACUGGAGUUAGAACAUGCAAUUACAGCAUGGAAUACGUAAUUUUGGUGUAUGUAGACCCUACAUGCAGGUUGCCAUGACUCACACAGUGGAGUCAUUAUGAACCAAUGAAAACAUUAGUCUGGAUACAUAUGGAAGUUAUAUGAUCAGGUACAUCUGAAAACAAGAACUAACACAGUCUGUAUUUAAAAUGACAUGUAGUUGAAUGCUGAUAGUAAAGUGUGAGAGUGUAUAUACUAGACAACAGGAUCAUGGCCACACUAGAAUCUCAGGAAUUUUGUGGAGCCCAGACUAACCCAAAGCCAUCUGUUUCUUACUCUAGUCCAGUGGUAGUCAACCUUUUUCUUCCUACCGCCCACUAAUGCAUCUUUCUUGAUGGAAAAAUUUCCUUACCGCCCACCAGUUUUCGCGCAAGCGAGGAAUAUUUUUUAGAAAGGAGGGUGUUUUUAAAAAAAAAAAAAUGUACAUACAUUUAUCUUUUUAUUUCUACUUUAUGCAUGUUUAUAAUGUUUUUAACUUUAUAAAGUUUAAUUAGAAAUUAGAUCCUUGAGGCUGAUGCUGCGAGACUAAAUAUUUGAUAUCUGGUACGAUUUUCGUAAGGAACAAACAAAGGUCUCCUCUUUCGGUGAUAUUCAGACGGUUUCUCUGUUUGCUCAUAAUAUGAUUAGCAGCACUAAAGCCUGAUUUUACAAGAUAUGUGGUAGGGAAAGGUAUCAAUAAAUUGAACAUAAUUUUCCACAUAUUUGGAUAUAAUGCAGGCAUUUUUUUUUAUUUUGCCAGAGUUUUUGGUAUCCACCACUGCCAAAAUUACAAAAUUACAAAAGUAAUUACUACUUUUACUCUUACGUUUUGAUCUGCAAUCCACACAGUGCUUUUUUCCCUCCUCUUUUCCCUUUUAUUACUAACACCAAAACAAUGCUGUAUUAGGUGCCAAUUUUUAUUAAAUGUCACCAUCAAAAGAAAUUCCUUUUCCAGCCUGCUUCUUUACCUUCCUUAUAGUAUAUCACUAUAUCAAGGAUCUCUUUUUCCUUUUUAUUUUCUCCUUCCCUUAUUUUUUUCUUUUAUUUUAUAAGAUAACAAAACUUAAUUUAUGAGCCAGACUAAACACUGCUUACUCUGCUCCUUUAUUUUAUCCCCUUUUCUCUAUUUUUCUUCCUUUUUUUUGUUAUUUUUUUUUUUUAAUCUUUUGCUUUUUAUCUCCUUUCUUUUACCUUCCUGAGGUAUAAAAGUAAGGCUGAGCUAGUUAGCCCACUUGUUAUUAUUAGCCAACAAUUAUCUUUCUCCUGCCUAUAACUUUUCUUUUGCAACUGCUCUGCUCCGUUUCUGCCUGUCCUUGCUAUCAGUUUCCACUCCUCCCCUUCCGCUUCCCACAUGUUUGCGUGCGCUCGCUCCCGCCCGACCCCUUCUCGUACAAAAGGAGGUUGAUGUGUGCUCUCGCGCCCGCCUGCGCCGCCCGCUCGCUCAAAAGGAGGUUUUAACUUCCGAAAAUCCUACCGCACGCAUUCUUGCGCAUGUUGGUUUCUUGAUGUGUGCGCUCACUCAAAAGGAGGUUUUAACCUCCAAAGUCCCUACCGCCCACCUGGAAUCCCGAAACGCCCACUACUGGGCGGUAGGGACCAGGUUGACGACCCAUGCUCUAGUCUUUCUGUCUCCUAACCAUCAAUCAAUCAUCUUUUUUUCUUUUAAUCAUCUCUUUUCCAUGGCUGCAUGGACAGAACACUGGAUCAAGAAACAAGUGAAAUGGUUUUCGUCCAUUGCCCAAAACUGUGGUUAAUAGCUUUUAGUUUGAAAACUAAUGCACAAGUCUUGUUGCAGUUAUGGUCACAGAGUUCUGUAACAACUGAAUAAAAAAAACAUAUGCACAACCCCGGAAAAAAUGCCCCGAAAGUGCUUGUUGUGUAAAAUAAAUAAUGAAAUCUUCAACCACCUUAUCGAUGAAAAUGUUUUUAGAAUAAUGUAUCCAUUAAUGCUUCAAAAUCUCUAUCUAUCAUGUGCCACAGAUGUACAUGUUUGAAUGGUGGGUGGCCACAAUCCAGAUAAAAUAACACUAGCCCUUAUGUAAUAAUAGAGGCUAGAGAAGCAUAGUAUUCCAGAUUCACACGACCUGUGCAAUGGAGAGGAAGAGUUGGCAAAAAACAAAUACUCUGCUUGCUUUAUAAAAGAUACAGUACCCUAAGACCUCCAAUAAACAGAAGAUCCAUUACAGUUCCCGAGUGAUUCCCAAAAAAACACCUCUAUGGCACUGAAAGAGUUAGCCUAAUGUGCGUGUAAGCAGCUCUAGAAUAUAGAGCAGCAAUUUCCACUGUUAGCGUAUGAUAAAUUAUGAUGCAUAGGCUCUAGAUCUAGUUUUUAAAAGGGUGAUUUCAGUAAUUUGAUAAUGCACAGAUUCAUUGACAGCUGCAGUAAAUGCAUUUCCUCUAUUGCUCUAACAGGAUGGAUUUAGUCAAUUGCCAAACUUAACAAAGCAUGCCAACACAUUGAAAAACAAACUUAUUUUAAAUACAAUUGUGUCCUAAAGCAAUUGCACCGACUAGAGAGAAACUGAAGACCUAAUGUGUUUGUAUAUAACAAAAUUAUGUUAAAAUGUGAUUUAUGUAUUUUCAUUUAAAGCGGCACUGUCACCACCUGGGGACUUUGCAGAGUUCGCAAAGACCCCCAACAGUGACAUUCCCACAUGGGGUCUGGUGGAUGGGAUGGGGGUUGAUAAAGGGGAGAUUUAUUUAUCCGGAACCUGUUCCUUGUGGACACGGCCAUCAUCUGUUGGCUGGUCCUCUUCAGCUUCUGGUGCCCAGUGUCUAGAGGUGUUAGGCGUAGGAAAUAUACAGAGACAAAGUAGUCCAUAUUUCAGUGAAAUUCCAACACAGUCAAUAAGUAUUUCUAUCUUUAUGAAAUACUCUUUUUUUCAUGGAGGGUAACAGUGCCGCUUUAACAUUAGUCAUAAAUUACUCGCAUAGCAGAGUUCAAAAGUAUUUAUUCUGCUACUUUGAGGGUGCAAUCCUUAGUAGAUACUAUGUAUCCAAUAUAACCAAUUAAUCUCAACACAGGAUGCACACCAAAAGUACUGCUGAUAUAAGUAGCUUUAUUUACAAAUCAAUAUCACACUAUAUCAAACAUACAUAAAGUCUGUCUGGAAAGUAUUCAGUCAUGUAAUAUGAAAAUUAGAGACAUUUAUUGAAGAAGAUAAAAGAUACAAGAAACAUUGUACAUAGGAACAUGACGCCUCAGUUCCCUUCAAAUUAGGCCUCACACAGUUCUCCCAGCAUCUCUGCCACUGUUCAAAAUACUCAAGGGAAGCGUGUCAACAUACACUAUAAACAGGGCUUUAUGAUAGUUUGUGCUGCUGCGAUAGUUUGUGCCCUUCAUCAAGUUAGAUUAUUUUGAGCGUGCUGCCAGCCAUGUUACUGGGCGCUCGGAAGAACUUACAUUGUUGCUGACUAGCGCCCAGUAGCAUACUGGCCUGGUGGCAUCCACCUCAGAGCCUGAGAUAUAUAUAUAUAUAUAUAUAUAUAUAUAUAUAUAUAUAUCAGGUAAAGAUAUGUAUAUGUUUUUAGGUUUAUAAUAAUAAUAAUAAUAAUAUAUAUAUAUAUAUAUAUAUAUAUAUAUAUAUAUAUAUAUAUAUAUAUAUAUAUAUAUACACACAUACAUACAUAUACACACACACACACGUCUGAGGAACACACCAACAUUAAAAUAUUUGGUUUUAACAUAUGGAGUAUUCCUUUACCCCUCUAAAUGCUAGAUGCCCCCUCCCACCAAAUGAAAUAAAAAAGGGAAAAAAGAGUUUGCUUUGUUUUUUUGUUGUUGCAGGAACUAUAAAAUCCCUACAUUCUUACCAGUGCCAGGACUGUAUUUGCCGCGAGGCUAACAAGGCAUUUGCCAUGUGCGGCACUUUCCAGGGGGCUGCAAAAAAACGCUGCCCCAAAAUGCCCAGGCAAAUGGCUUGUUAGCGCCGUUUUAAGGGGGACCAAGAGCUGGCCAGCUGGAUACCUUUGCCCCCCCCACUCCCGGGACGGGCAGCGAGGAAGCUUUGGUCUGUGAGCACUCCCUGCUCAGCUCCCUCACACGCCCUGCAGUAAUGCUUGCUGGCAGGUGCGCAAAGCAGGAAGUGAGGGAGCUGAGCUCUCCCUGCUCAGCUCCCUUGUGCACCGUGGAGUAAUCCCGGGAGCAGGAGUGAUGUCAUAUUCCGGCUCCUGGGAUUACUCUGCGGCGCGCGAAUGAGCUGAUCAGGGAGCGCGCAGCUCCCUCACUUCCUGCUUUGCACAUUCGCCUGCCUGCCUGUCUUCUGGCCUGCCCAGCACCAUUAACAACCUGGCCACCAGCCAACCCAGCAGCCCCACUGGACCCCAGGUAAAAAAAAAAAAAUCCACCCAGGUCUCCCAAAAGUAGAGCUUUUAAAUUAAAUUAAAAAAAUAAUAAUCUGUAAAUGUGUGAGGGAACAUGUGUGUAUGUGUGUCUGUCUGUCAGUCUGUGUGUCUGUCAGUCUGUGUGUGUGUGUGUGUCUGUGAGUGAGCAUGUAUUUUUGAAUGAAUGGGUGAGUGUUUCUAUCAGUAAAUGUGGGUCUGUGAGAGAGCAUGUGUGUCUGUCAGUGAAUGUGGGUGUGUCUGUCAGUGUGUGUCUGUGAGUCUGUGUGCCUCUGUUAGUGGAUGUGUAUGUGUGUCUGUGAGUGAGCGUGUCUGUCAGUGAGUGUGUGUCUGUGAAUGUGUGUGUGUGUAGCUGUCAGUGUGUGUCUGUGAGUGUGUGUGUGUCAGUUAGUGAGUGUGUCUGUCAGUCAGUUUCUGUGAGUGAGUGAGUGAUUGUGUGAGUCUGUCAGAUUGUGUCAAAUCAGUGAGUGUGUGUGUGUGUAUGUCAGUGUAUUUGAGAGUAUGUGCCUCUCUUUGAGUAUGUGUGUGAGUGUGUUUUAUUCUUUAAGAGGAAGAGGUGUGGCUUUGACAGGCAGGGGUGGGACAAAUUUAAAUUAGAUCCAAAAUACACCACUGAACAGUGCAGAUAAUUAGUUUGGAAGCUGAUGAAUAUUAUUAAUUCUCUUCAGGGCUACAGCUGCAUGACACCAGGUUACAUAAUUUAAUUAAUAGACCUGAGUGUGAGUGUGUGUUAGUCUUUAAGAGGAAGAGGUGUGGCUUUGACAGGCAGAGGUGGGCCAAAUUUGAAUUAGGGGGUGCCCGAGUUCCAUCAUGCCUAGGGUAGCACAGAUGCAAGAUACACCACUGAAGAGUGCAGAUAAUUAGUUUGGAAGCUGAUGAGUAUCAUUAAUUCUCUUCAGGGCUACAGCUGCAUGACACCAGGUUACAGAAUUUAAUUAAUAGACCUGACCUUUCUAGCCACCUCCAUUAUUUGGACACGUGAUUUACAUCAAAGUGCAGCAUGAUUUUCCUCCGAGUUAAUCCCUAGGAAAUGUUGCAAUAAAUACGCUGAGGAUUUGCCUUGAUCCAUACUAUUUAUACAGCAACAAGCACCUGCCCUGUGUCUGUUCUCUUAAUAUAGUUCAUGUGUUUUUACAUGAAGAACAACAUUGUAUAAUAUCAUUUCUUAUGUUUUAAUAGCCAAGCUAUAAUAUACCUCACUAUAGAACCAACCUGUCCUCCACAGUAUUUUUGCACUACAUUAUCUUUAAUUAGAACUGAUCACUAUUUGCCUGCAAAUUCAGUUCAAUCGAGUUCUGUGAAUUCAGUUGAACUAUAUUUACUGGAUGAUAACUGCCAAUUCUUUCUAAUUAUCAUUGUAAUUCAGCAAUUUGUUGCAUAGUUCCAUAGUUCUAUAUCGGAUUUUAGUUGUUUAGUUAAAUCCACGCAGGCUGAAAUCCAACAUAGAGUAAAUCUUAUUCGGAGUCAGUGUUGCAAAAUAUGGUUAUUGGUAAAUCUGGUGGUCAGUGUCCAGAUUUUGUGGUUUGAAUACCUCCAGGUGGUACCAGAAUAUUUUGGUAGGUUAGCAAAAUAUAUUGCAGACAGAACAAUAACACGAAGAGACAAACUGGGACAAAAGGAAAGGACAGCUUCGAGCCUAAAAUCAGGAAAGUAAAUACAGUGUAGAGUUCAGAGAGAGAUGACUGGUGAACUUAAAGGGUCACUCCAGACCCCUAAGCAACUUUAGCUUGCAGAAAACCUUUGUGUGUGAAGAGUGUGUCCUCUUUUUUUUAAAUUUUGCAAAAAGUGCAGAUUUCAAUAGAAAUUGACACUUUUAUAAAUUAAAGGACCACUAUAGGCACCCAGACCAUAGAGAAACUGCUAUGUUUACAUUGGGGUUAAUCCAGCCUCUAGUGGCUGUCUCAUUGACAGCGGUUAGAGACGCCUCCGCGCUUCUCAUUGUGAUUUUCACAGUGAGAAGACACUGCCGUCCAUAGGAAAGCAUUGAGAAAUGCUUCCCUAUGGACUGAUUGAAUGCGCGCGGCUCUUGCUGCGCAUGCGCAUUUGGCGAAUGACGUCGGUAGAGGGAGGAGAGUCCCCAGCGCCUAGGGAGCCCGGCGUUGGAGAAAGGUGAGUGUUUAACCCCUUAACCCCUCUUGAGCCCGGUGGGAGGGGGCCAUGAAGGUGGGGGAGGGACCUAUUAACACUAUAGUGCCAGGAAAAAACGUUGGUCCUUUAACCUGGUUACACCCUCUUGGCUUUCAAGCAUACAACAAGUAAAGUUAUUUCCUGGUUUUGUUAGCUCAAUGGAGCUGACGUCAAAAAGCAGCAAUUGUGCAGACCUACUGACUUACAAAGACUUCUCAUUGAGCUGCAAUGAAAAGUCUGUGAUUGUACAGCCACACAAAGUCUUAGAAGAGAGAGCUUACAAAGGCUUCAGACAAGAGAAAUGCAAUUAAUUACAUGCAAGUUUCCAUUUGAGGUAUAUCUACUAAACAGUUAUUUCAAAAUAUAUAUUUUGUAUUUGAGUAGUGGAGUGUCCCUUUAAUAGGGUGUAAACUUGCUACAAAUAAAAAAUUAUAUGCUACUAUUAUUUUUAAUAAAAAUGUACCCGGUAGUGAAGAGGUUAAUUUUUGUCACAGUUUUCUGUGUGGAAACAAUUAUCAAUAGCUUGAUUUAAAGAAUAUGAAGAGUUUGUGAGUGUGUCCAUAACCCUCCUUGUGCAGAUCAGCAAAGGCACCUCAGGAGAGAUUGACAUCCAGUAAUAAGGUAUUAGUCGGCUGCUUCCGUGAGCAGUCUGUGAAGAUAAGUACGUGGCUAGAAAACAAGGCUGUUUGUGGGACAGGCUGUCAGUGUUUCCUCUUUUGCUGAUGGCGUACUGGUGUUCAAGAUGUGGCCAGCCGGUGCCCAGCAAUAUAAAGCUCUUUACUCUGGUCCGAAUAACAGAAGGAGAAAUGGCUUCUUAUCAUCAUUUCCUUGGGAAGUGCCUUAACCUACAGUAUACUGCCAGGAAAUGUAUGUACAAACCUUGAUUGGAGCUGUAUGUACGGUGGCUUGUUAGAGAUGACACACAACACAUUACCACAUUCUAUAUCAGUAACUGCACAUAGUGAAACAUUGAGGAAUACAUUAUAUGAUGAUGCAUUUUAACCUGUUAUACAUUCUAUCACUGUUGCCUAAAAGCCCAUUCUUUUAUAGUCUAUAGGUAAUUGAUAUUUAAUUAACAUUUAUCUGUAGUGACAGACUUCUUCCAGAAAGUGAGAAUGGCAUUAUUAUACUUGGAGCAUUAUUAGUCUGAUGAAUAAACUCUAUAAAUUUAUAAAUAGAUAUGUUAGUGAUUGAUAACCAUUGGUUUGGUUAUCAGGGGUUAUUUAACAUAUCUAGUGUUAUCAAUCCGUUCUUUAGGGAUUUCUUAUUGCACAGUAGAAUGACCCACUCAUUUUGUGACAUUGAUGCAAUACAUUUCAUUUUGUAAUGAUUGAAAAAUGUGGCAUUUGGUCCUUAAGGUGUUAAUGCUAACGCUGUUUAGUUACAUGGCAAAUAUGAAACAUUUAUGGGAUUAUUCACUGAACUGAUGUUUAUGGUGAAGAGGUUUAAAGGUACAAUAUACACACACCUCAAGGUGCAGGGCUUAGCUUAUUGUCUCAGAGCUAUCAGCUGAAUCUCUCAGCCAAUGAACUGGCCCUGACUUAGUUCAGGAGAGGUAAUGGAAGCUCCUGGCAGGAGCUCCAGGCUCUCUUGGAGGUUCCAGAGAAGCAAGGGGUAGCAGUCAGGGCACCCCAGGUAUGAUGUCAAACGCAUUUAUAAAAAUUAGGCCAAAAAUAGCCAAGCUGAACGUUUUUCCGAUUUGCUGAGAUCUACCAAUUUUAACAAAGAAAUAUGUCUGUUUCAACAAAAACUCACUUAUCCCGGCACAAUACGCAAUAAUUCUAGCCCCUUGCCAAGUUUCUUGCAUUAUAAUAAGGUAUAUAAACUGUGACCUUGCUGUGUACAAACUGAUGAAGAUGGAAAUUCAUUUACAAUCACUCAUAUGCCAGGGGCUCCUGCCCUCUAAAAACCCUCAGGCCUGCCAAUUUAUUCUCGCUCACCUGCAAUUUUGCACCAGUAGAAUAUACGGUCAUAUCCCCAAGGCUGCAUUGUAAAUGGCUCUAACCCAUCCUCCCAGGGCUGGACUGGGAAGAAGAUUCGGCCCGGGCAUUUUUUAAUUACAGCGGCCCACUUAAAAAGUGGCGGGGCCAGAUAGGGUGUGAUUUGUCAUCACCAAUGACAAGCACGCCCCAUCACAAAGUGAGCAUGUUGGUUCAAUGCUCUUCCAGGGCAGACCAUGCACAGAGCUCUGCUGAAGAGCUCUAGCAUGAGAAAAAGGCACUGUAUUUGUUCUGCACAGCGCAAGCAAAUUUAAUAACAUGCUUGCACUGUUUGUUUGAAAUUUGCCUCUGGUGUCUCCAUAGAUGGGAUACCAGGAGACAAGAAUGCCAGGAAAGUUUUGUGCAGUGUUUGUGUGAGGCUGCUGUGUGUGUGAGGCUGCUGUGUGUGUGUGGGUGAUGUGUGUAUAAGGGGUGUAGUGUGUGUGCAAGAUGGGUGCAGUGUGUGUGUGAGGGGUGUAGUGUGUGUGAGUAAGGGUGCUGUGUGUGUGUGCUGUGUGUGAGUGAUGGGUGCUGUGUUUGCGUGAGGGUGCUAUGUGCAUGUGAGGAAGCUGUGUGUGAGGGUGCAGUGUGUUUAUGUGUCAAGGGUGCAGUGUGUUUGUGUGUGAGUGAGGGUGCUGUGAAUGUUGGGUGCAGUGUGUGUGAGUGAGUGAAGGUGCAGUGUGUGUGUGUGUGUGUGUGAGUGAGUGUACUGUCAGGGGUGCAGUGUGUGUGUGAGUGAGGGUGCUAUGAGUGUCAGAAGGGCAGGGUGUGUAUGUGUGUGGGUGCUGUGAGUGUCAGGGGUGCGGGGUGUGUGUGUGUUAGUGAGGGUGCGGUGAUUGAUUAUAUCUCCCCCUCCCUUCUUACCUAUAGUCUGGGAGGGGGGAUCGUGCUUCUGCCAUCCCUGGCGGUGCUAGUGGUGAGUGAACUCUAGCCUAUCGGGCUAGAGUUCACUCUCGCGAGACCCAGGGCAUUGCCGAAUCUCGCGAGAGGAACCCGGCAGAGCUGCAAGUUAGAGCUCCUCCGGGUUGCUCUCCUGUCUCCCUCCCUCUCUCCCCACCGGCGGCCGCAAUAUAUUGCAUGUGGGCUGGUGAGGGAGAUCUUUGAUCUCACCACCUGCCCGCCAUGGAAUGCAGCAGGGCCAGCACUCUGAUAGUGCCAGCCCUGCAUAGACCGGCCCUGCAUAGACAGGCCCCGCAUAGACCGGCAGGGGAGAUCCUUUGAUCCUGAGGUAGCUGAUUUCUUAUGCAGUUUGUAUUGAAAUUAAGCAAGGUAAGGUGUGCAGGAUUUUCACUUACUGUAUACACAAGCAUUUUACUUUGCACUGUUUAAGCAGACAUUAUUUUAUUUGUAGUAAGGAAGGGAAACUUCACUGCCCAAAUACAAAAUAAAAGACACUGUCUAAGUGUAAUUAUUUUGGUGUUUAUUUAUUACUGGUAUUUAUAAAGCGGCAACAAAUUUUGCUGCACUGUACAAUUAGUGGAGGACAUACAAUAUACACAGACAAAUACAUAGGGUAGAGAGGGCCCUGUAAGCUGUUAUCUAGCCAUUGAAGCGCUAUUAUAAAAAGUGCUUAGCUAGAUAGCCUGUGAGCUAACUAUCUAAAGGAUACAGUGGGGAUUUGAGACAAGAGGUAGCAGGUGUUGGCUGAGUUUCAUUGUAUAUGGUGGUUGCCGAAUUGCGAUUGGGUGUUGGCUGACUGUGAUUGUAUGUGGUGGUUGACUGAGUAUGAUUUCGGGGCUGGCUGUGUAUAAUGCCAAAUUCCAUCCUGUGAUUAUUUGGGUGUUUGCUGAGGAAGGAGGGGAGGGGGGGAGAGAAGGGGGGUGUGAUUGUGUUUGGGAAUUGGCUGAGUGUAUGUGUGUGAGUUUGUGCUUAAUUGUAAACGCCCAUCCUACUUACCUUUUAUGAAAGGGAAGGGGGUGUAAUAUCUUGUGAUCCAGUGGGUACCGGUGGCUGGAUCUCUGGUGGUCUGGUGGGUACCAUUGGCUGGAUCUUUGGUAGUACAGUGGAGGAGCGUGUGGUCUGCUUGUACAGACCACAGUACAUGCUACUUUUAGUUGGUACUCGUUCAAUGAGUCAGAGUGUUGCCAUGGUAACACAGCAGCAGUGUUCUUACUCAUUAAAUGAGCACGGGAACUCUCAUAGUUAUUUAAUAUGUAACCAAAUAGGUAAUUGGCGUCUGUGAAAUCUCUUUUUUAAUGUCAGAGAGGAAAAGUAUGGAUUUUAAAAUGUUAAUUUUGCCUAAGGAAUUCAGAUAUAUGAAAACCAGUUGUAAUGCAGAUGCACUUACUCAUAUGUAUGAAUAUGUAUGCAUCUUACAUGUAUGUCAGUGAAAGCAGCAUCUUUGUAUCUAUAUAUAUAUAAGAUGUCAAUUUAUCCUGAGGAAGGUCCCUGCGAGGACCGAAACGUCAAUUUAUCUGCUUGUUUGAUGAAAUAAAUACUAUUGAAUUCAAAAGACCGUGAGUGCAGCCUGCAUUUUCAACUUAUCUACAUCAAUAUCCCUAAAAGGACUGGCACCCGGCAAGCCUACAGGCAAAGCAUAAGAAACUGCAAGCGUGAGUGCAAGGAAAUAUUUAUUUUCUCCCACAUAUUGCGUAACUCAGUUUACACACACAUUUCAUAAGCAGUGAGAAUUCAAAGAAAAUUUUAAAUUUAAGUCCUAAAUAUCUGAACUGCAAAAAUUCACCAGUCCUCCAGAUUGGCUUAAAGACACACUUCAGACCCCUAAAGCACUUUAGCUUGCUGAAAAGCUUUAUGUGUUAAGAGUGUGUCCUCUUUUUUUAGGAAAUAGUGUCGAUUUGAACAGAAAUUGGCACUUUUAUAAAUUAUACUGGUAACACCCUGUGGAUUUUCAAGCAGACAACAGGUCCUGUUACUUCUGGUUUGGUUAGCUCUUUUGCACUGAACUCAAGAGGAAGCAAUUGCUCAGAGCACUUUCCUUGCAAAGACUUCUCAUUGUGUUGCAUUGGGAAGUCUGUGAUUGAAUUGUCACAAGAAGACUGGGCAGGGUUAAAAGGGGAGGGCUUGCAAAGGCAGCAGACAGGAGACCUGCAGUUUUUGCAAGCUGUUUUUAGAUAUAACUCCAAUGAAAAAAAAACAAAAAACAUAAUUAAAUGCAUACUAGUUUUCAUUUGAGGUACAUCUACUAAACAGUGAUUUUUAUUUAUUUUGUAUUUGGGCAGUGGAGUGUCCCUUUAAAUUUGAAAUUCGCUUUUAAAUUCCCAACAAUUCUUCUUUAAGCGCAUAACCCUGUGAGAUGUUAAAAUAUAGGUACCCUUUUAUUCAAUUAUACAGUGGAAUCAGAAUGAGAGUUAAUACAAUAUGUGGUUCAGUCAUGCUUUAAAUGUUACAGCCUUCAGUCCUUCCUUUCCGUUGUCUUGGCCCAGUGCCUGGUGAACUUAGUUUUGCUUUGCCUUCAAGUACAUCUCUCUUGAGCCUCUUGUGGUAUCCUGGCCACAAGCUGCCUUAAGGAUUCAGACAGAUACCCAUGCUUGUGAAUUUAUUUCCUACAUAUGCUGUUUUCUCAUUUUUAAAAAUGGAAUUUACAGUCUGGAGAAGAAACUAUUCUGUAUCGUCUCACUGUAAACGGUCAAGAAUGCUGAAGGAGAAUUGAAUAUUUCAGAUACGAACAGGUCUGUGAUGUUAAUUUUCUUAAUUACUCCUUUUGAAAACCUUGGGAAGACAUGUUCCAAAGCAAAAUAUGCUGAUUGCAUUUUACAGACAUUGGGGAGGACACAAUAGUAAUUUGCUUGUAACAUUAUCUAAAAGAUUGCAUGCUUUGUGGUAGGUUAUAUGUAAAAAGAAAAAUGCAAGUAUUAAAUUCAGUUAGAUCGGCAAAGUUGGUUAGAUACACAUUGAGGGAACAGCUAACUCAAAAAAAGAGAUUUAAAUCUUCCAACAAUAUUUAAAAUCUCCUCGUUUAGCAAAUAAAUAGAGGGAUUUCAUGUUACUAAAUCCCCAUUUUUAUUUACUAAGAUGGGUGAUUUUGUUAAAGGGAUUGGACUCUGAUUUUGAGGAAAUCCCAUAUUUUUCAUUAAACAGCUUUAAUACGUUUUUACAAAAAUAGAGGCACUGCACCCAUAGCCCCCUUGCAACAUAACCACUGACUUCAACUGUAGUGGUUAUAGUAUUUAGAGUGUCCCCGUAAGGAGAGUUUAACAUUGUAUGCAUGCUUUCUGGGAAUUAAAUAUGCUACUCCUUUGAAAAUAUAAAGGAAAGGAUAAAUGGAAAAAAUGACCUGAAGAAUUAAGUCCUGGCAGCAAGAUGAGACAUGAGCUAAAUUAUUUUUCCAGCUGGCAUAGGGAAAAAAAAUCUAACUGUUGAGAUGAACUAGAAUCGUAUCAUUUUAUUGGUAUAUGUAGAGAAAACAUAUGCAAAUACUAAAAGGACAUUCUGAGACCAUGAUACCGUAGUUGUGUGCCAGACUUGUUUAUGGUUUCAUUGUUUGAAUAAACAAGCUCCUUGCUGUGAAUUGACCAAUGGUUGCUUUAGCACUGUCUCAGCAUAAGCAUAAUCUAUAGUGCCAGGAAAACAGAUUUGUAUAGUUUCCAUUGAAGGCAUUGCCUAAAGUUAAAGGGCACUCCACUGUCAAAAUAAAAUAAAUUAUUAUUUAGUAGAUAGACACCCAAUGAAACUGUGUGCAUUGUAUUGUCAUUUUUUUCAUUGAGGUAUAUUUAAAAACAGCUGGCAAAACAUGUAAAUCUCUUGCCUAAAGUCUUUGCAAGCCCUCUCCUUCUAGCCCCGCUGAUUAUUGCAUUAAGAGAAGCUGAGAGACAAUUUAUAUCUCAGGAUCAAGCUGAGUAUCAAUCUGUUUCCUGAUUGAAUUGUUACAAAAGCACAAUUAAUUAAUAGAUACUCUAAAAUAGUGAUCUUAUUGCCUAAUAGUCCAGCAAAAUAUCCCUCCAUUAUAACAAAUUGUUUAUCAAAACUGGUGUGAAUAAUUACAAACAGGGGGAGAAAUUGAUGGGGAGGAGAUGAGUGGUAAGCAGGAAAAAGGAAAAAAAAGGGGGGGAAAAGACAGAAGGAAAGGAGAAGGAAAGAAAGGAGAUAAAGGAGAAAAUAGAAGAAAAAAUGAAAACAAUACUACUGUCUCCCUUCCAUAAAAAGUCAAAAUGUCUACUAGACGGCCUCCGGAGAAUAAGCAACACAAAAAAGAUAAGGAAAAAGGGGGAAAAAAGGAUAAUAAAGCUGAGAAAAGACUUGCAAAUGUUUUUACUCCACAAUCACCAGGGGGUGUGAUAUUAAGAGAGAGCCUAACUAUGGCGCCAAGUAAUCAGGAAGAGGAUGCUGAGCCCCCCAAGUAGAGAAUCCUUCGGGCUUCCCCCUGAAAUAUGGGAAAGAAGCUUACAACAAUUUUCUGAAAAAAUAACAACUGAAAUUCAGAGAAACACUAGUGAGCUUACAAAAGAAAUAUGACAGCACAAAAAGCACAGAAUAUUGAAGAUGGGUUAUCUGUAUUUCCAACAAGCAGAACUUAAAGACCAAUAUGCAAAUCUACCUAGAAAACAUGAGAUGCUGGAAAAUAAAGUCUCUGAUUUAGAGGACAGCCACCGUAGGAAUAACAUACGGAUUCGGGGAAUACUGGAAUCAUAUUCAGCUGAUAAAGUAGAAAAAAUUUUACAUUCAUUUUUUCAAGCUUUGGAGCUUAAAAGGACCAAGAAGGCAAAACAAUGGACAUAUUUCACUGUCUACCAAAGUCAAGAGGGAUCCAAGAUAGUGCUCCUAGUGACAUAAUUAUUUGUUUUCACCAGUAUAAUUUUAAGGAGCAAGUUGUACAAAGAAAUAGGGGAAAACAAUGGACAAAUUUGGAAUUUAAGGAUGUAAAAAUCUUCCCCGAUUUAUCCUGGAACACCAAAAAAAAAAGAGAAACGCUUUUGUUGUUGCCUUCACUAACACUCUAAGAAAAAAUAUGAUCAAAAGUGGGGGUACUCCACUAAAUUGAUUAUAGCACAUGAAAGCUUUUCAGAUGCUGAAAAUGUGUCAGUUUGGUUAAAAGCACAUAAUAUAAAAUAGAUAAAUUCGAUACUUUUGGAUGUCUAGAUGGGGAUGGGGGCCAGCAAUGAUUAGAUAGGCACUCAAUUCUCUAUAUAAAAUGUUAUAUAUAUAUAUAUAUAUAUAUAUAUAUAUAUAUAUAUAUAUAAAAUUAAAUAAGUUUUAAUCUGAAAUGAUGCGUAAGAUGUAUCACUAUGUAAAAUUAUUGCAUAUAGAGGAGUAAAAACUCUAACAUGGGGGUAACAGAAUAUUGAAUAAGAGCACAUACUUUAUGGUAGUGAGUAUAUAAAGAUUGGAGAUACUGUAUCACAUCAGAAUUCACAUAAUUUAAUACGUUUGGUGUACUUAUAGAACUAAAAUCAUGAUGUUUUGCACUUUCAAUUAAUAGCAAGUGUAAUCUUUCACAUAUGAGGAGGAUGAUAAUUCAUGAAAUUAAGAGUUAUAAUAGAAAACGUAUAUUGGGCAAAGGAAGAGAAAACAUACUAGGACCUAUUUUCGGAGGAAAUCUUAUUUUGGGGAAAAACGGUAGCAAGCAUGUGCUAGAAAGCAGGUCUACCGUCGGGGGAAUACUCCCGAACAUAGAUCAGUUCACUAGGGCAUGGAAAAUAGUGUCUCUAUUAAAGUUUAAAUACUUUUUAUCUGUGUGUGUGUGUGUGUGUGUGUAUAUAUAUAUAUAUAUAUAUAUAUAUAUAUAUAUAUAUAUAUUUUCUCUCUUUCUCCUCUUUUUCCUGCAAUAUUGGGCAAGAUUGCAAGGAGAGGGAUAGAAGGAAAGGAGGAAAAAACAACACAGUGUAAAAGUAUAUUAAAUAAGAGCACAGACGAUUUGGUAUUGAAUAUAUAAAAAUUAAAGAUAUAAUAUCACAUCUGAACUCACAUAAUUUAUUAGGCCGGUGAGAUAGCUCAGUGGGCUAAUGCCUAGGACGUACUUGAAAACCAGAGUAAUCUGAAUGUACCUUUCCUGGUUAAAUACUUUGUUAUUAUUAUUAUUAUUAUUAUAUUAUUUAUAGAAGCAAGGCCAUCACUAUCACAUUAAUAUGUACCUCCAAUUCAGGCUAAUAGAAGUUUAAUUUUUUUUUACUUAAGAGGAGGAGCAUACUUAAUGAUAAUAUGACGUAUUAAUAAAAUAUGCAAGCUGGGAAGGUUGAAGAGAAUUAAAUGAGGGAAAUCCAUUAUUGGAGUUGUAAUAAUUUUGAUGCUAUUUUAGGGAGCAUCCUGCCUGUAGUUCAGAAUAAUUUUUGAGAUAAUGAACUUAGAAUCUUGGAGAAAAUCAGGUAUAUCUAUUUUAAACAACUGAUCAUAAGCAAAAUAGUUAAUAAUUUAGCCCAACUAGCACAGGAGUUUGGUUUGAACAACUGAGAAAUUUUUCCUUAUUUGAGGGUUAAGCAUUUCCUGGAAGCCUCUAUAUUUAGAGGAAAUGAAACUGUAGCGAAAAAGUUAGAAGCGAUAUUUGGAAGACAAAAGGUAACAAAGAUAAUGUCUAGAGUUUACAGCGGUUUAAGUUUGAAAUAUGAUGAUAGGAAUUGGGAAAUUAGGAAAAAAUGGGGUUGGAUGCUGCAUAUGGAAUUAACCAAGCAGAAUGGCUUCAGGCAUUGAAAAGAUAUAAUGAUUCAAUCCAUAGCACUAACAUCUUAGAAAAUCAAUUUAAAUUGACACAAUUUUGGUACUUUGUACCUACCAGGUUGGCAAGAUUUUCGAGCGAUUAAAGCUCCAAAUGUUAGAGGUGUGGAAAGUAGAGGGGGACUAUCUUCACGUUUGGUGGAGAUGUGACCUAAUAAAAAUAAUGUGGGAAUUGGUUUUUGAGAAAUUUAAGCCAAUUGGUAAUAUUAUAAUAGACAUGAAACCUGAAAUCGCUUUAUUACACUUGAAAUGGCAGACACUAAACAAAAAACAAUCAUUGCUGAUAUUUCACUUUUUUGUGGCCACUAAAAUACUAAUAACUAGAAACUGGGGUGACUCAAUGGCCACAAAUAAGAGUACAGAUUCGCUUUCAAUGUAGUAUGGAACAAGGGCUGUCCUGGAAAAUCACUAAGGCCAGACAAGAGAGCAGUAUCCUUAAAGAAUGGCAAAGCAUUAUUGAAAGUAAUACCUAAAAAUGGUAUUGUUUUAUAAAAAUGGAGGUCUUAUUAUACAGUGAUUGAGGGAACUUCCUUGUCCAUCCAGGAAUACAUGUGGAUGAAUGAUUUAUGUUUGAAUAGUAUGUUUUGAUAUAUAUGAUAUGAGUUUUUGAAAUGAAGUAAUCCAACACAUUACAUUUACAUAUAGCUGUAAUGCAAUGUCAUUUAAAAUUAAUUAUAUGUUUUUGUUUUUUUUAAUAAUAAAAGAUUAUUUAAAAAAAAAAAAAAAAAAAGGACACACACUUCACACAUAAAUCACUCCAACAAGCUAACCUGUUUAGGUAUGUGAGUAUUCUUUUAACCCCUUAAAAAAAUUUUUUAUGUCCUAUGUCCAUAAAGACGCUUUUAAGAUGAAAUUAGAAAUCCUCUAAAACAUCAGAAAUUUUAGAUUUGGUGUCGACUGAACCAUCAAAACCACAAAUGGCACUGUUUCAACAAUGGUCAGUGUUUUUCCCAAGCCAUACAGACUCAUUCAGGGUUAUUCACUAAAGCCUGAAUGGCCCCAUACUGAAUCAGGCUACAUUCUUGGAUGGCUCAAUAUGGAAAUUGUUCACACUAUUUAACAUCGUCUGUUUUGUUAUUCAAGCACCAAAUGAGCCUGAAUUUAUUUCAGAUUUCAACUUGACCACGCAUUGCCGAAUGGCUGAUAUUCGUACCCGAGUGCUUCAAGUCUGAGCCCAGAAUUUAAAAAGAAUCUGAACUAUUUACCUUCUGGAUGCACUAGCAGCCACCAGACAAAUAGUUAAAUAACUAUUGGCCGUGUAGACAGUUAAUUAUGUGACAGCUGGCUCGCGAUCACAUGGAAGGCAUAGCCGCCUAUAGCAAUGCCAGCAGGGGGAGUGCCUGGAAUGACAGGUACUCCUCCUGCUGCCUGAGAAAAAAAAAAACGAUAAAAGUUCAAAACAGUGUAAAAUAACAUUAUAUAUACUUAGAUCAUAUAUAUAUUUAUUAUAUAUAUAUAUAUGAUCUAAGUAUAUAUAUAUAUAUAUCCGAAGAAUAAUCCAAGAUGCACUCUCAGGACUUGUGCAAAAAAAAUUCAAUUUUAUUUUAAAUCAUGUGCAAAAGAAAAACCAACGUUUCGACCUCUGCAGGUCUUUUUCAAGGUUAUUAUAACUAACAAAUUAGUGAGUUUAUAUAGAUAAAGUGUAAGUGCACUUACCAAACUUUAGCGUUGAGUGUCCCCCUCACCGAAACCCGGAAGUGAAUUAGGACCGCCUCCCCGACGUCAUUACGUCAGGACGUCUGGCGGAUUAUUGAAUGGUUGCCUUGACAACGUGUGUUGUUACCAUUCAAUGCCGGUUACUGUGAUAAAGAAGUGAGCAGUUCUGGUGAAAAAGGACUAGCAAGAUGGAAGAAUUAAUACAUGCUGUUUUAACUAUCCCCAUGAGGCAAUUACUAGUAUCCACAAGCCAUUAAAAGUGUAACAACCUAAGUGACAAAGUGCAAAUAAAGAGGUGAAUAAGUGAUACACAGCUAUAGAUAAUUUAUCCUAUGGCUAGUGGAUACGAGAAUCCCCCUGGUGUAAUGUUAAUAUAUAAUGUAGACUUAUAUUGUAAAUACAAAUAUAAACCUUAAAUUAAGGUUAAUAAAAGAAUCUAACAACAAAUAAAUUAAACAGUACUUAAAUAAAUUCAACACAUUGAGAGAUAAAUCUGGAGAAAGAUCCCUAGCUGACCAUAUAAUUAUAUCUGUAUAUAGUAUGUAAGAGUAACUGACUACAUGGAAAGACCACCUAUUGGUCUAUAAUCAUUCAAUAAGGGAAGGUGGAGAGAAAACAUCUGUAAACAAUCCAUUCAAGAAAAAUAUGCCAAUAUGUAUAACUAUGGAAAAUAUUAAGAGAUGUUAAAUAUUAAAUAUUAAAUGUUAGAGGAGAAAAUAGAUAAGAAAUGUCCCGCCUACAAAUGAUGUUUAAAGAAACAUAGAGUAUGUGACAUGUUCAUUAAGUCCUUUAGGGGCUGCUGUAUUUAAAAAGUGAAUCCAAUAUACUUCACGUUGUAGCAGAAUCUUAGACCUAUCGCCUCCUCGACGUAGAGGUGGGACGUGAUCAAUAGCAAUAAAUCUCAAAGUGGGAAGACGAUGAUGUAAAGCCAAAAAAUGUUUUGCCACUGGUUUCUCAGUGUGUUGGUCACGAAAGGCUGUGGUAAUUCCUGAACGGUGUCCUCUUAUACGGUCUCGAACAGUAAGAUCAGUUUUGCCCACGUACGCUCACCCACAUGGGCACGUAAUCAAGUAGAUCACAUGGUCCGUAGUACAGGUAAUGUAAUGUUGAAUAGCGAUCCGUUUGCCCGUAUGUGGGUGGGCAAAAGAGGUGCCCGGAACCAUAUGACUGCAUGUCACGCACCCUGUACAUUUGUAACAUCCCUUUUUCUUGCUGCUACCUUCAUGUUGAUAACAAUGUACCGGAUCGUUACGGUCUAAUAUGUCCUUCAGAUUCCUGUUACAUUUGUAACUAAUAAUCGGUAAAUUUUGAAAAAUUGGUGACAGGUUUUUAUCUGCUUGUAAUAUGUCCCAGUGUUUAUGUAUUGUAUUUUUGAUAAGUGGAGUAUUGGUAUGAAAAGUAAGUGGAAGAAACAGACGGUCUGCUUGAGGGUCUUUUGUCUCAGAUUUCUGAACGCAUUGUUUUGCCUUGAUUUCGGCACUAGUGAGAAUUUGUUGUGAAUAGCCUCUAGCUGCAAAUCUCUGCUUCAUCUGUUGUACUUGUAUAUCCCUUUUCUGAGGAUCAGUAUUGUACCGUAGUACCCGAAUAAAUUGAGAGAUAGGUAAUGAUUCAAUCAUAUGUUUGGGAUGAAAACUUGUAGCUGACAGCAGUGUAUUUCUGUCUGUCUCUUUCCGAUAUAAAGUAUAGCCAAUGCCUUUCUCAGUUUUAAAUAGGGACACGUCCAAAAAUUGAAUCGUGUUCUUGUCAGUGGUCAAAGUUAAUUUGAUAGGUGUCUGUAAAUUGUUGAUAGUAGUAACCAUGGUAUUGAGUUCCUCUUCUGUGCCUUUCCAUAUUAAUAAAAUAUCAUCCACAAACCUAAAAUAUUUCAAUAUGUGAAUCUGAUAUUUAGAUAGAAUGUGCUGUCGUUCAAACCACGCCAUAAAUAUAUUGGCGUAAGAGGGUGCCAUAGCUGCUCCCAUGGCGGUCCCAAAAGUUUGGACAUAGAAGGUAUUUUCAAAUCUAAAAUAAUUGCAUGUCAAUGUUAUCAUUAGCCAUUCCAAUAGAUAUUCUAUAGGUGGCCCUUCAUAGGAAGUGGUAUUCAAAAGAGUUUCACGUACAGCUUGUAUCCCAUCGGUUAUAGGUAUAACCGUAUAUACAUUUUGUACAUCCAGAGUUGCGAAAAUAAAUUCCGCAUUUGUUUCAAUGUUGAAAUCUUUUAAUUGAUGUAAUAGAUCUUGAGUAUCUCUAAGGCAUGAAGGUAUUUCUUUUACACAACCUUGUAUGUAAAAGUCCACGAAUUUGGCUAUAGGCUCAAGGAGUCCCCCUCGAGCCGAUACUAUAGGGCGUCCUGGAGGUUCCUGCGCAGAUUUGUGAAUUUUUGGUAUUGUAUAUAUAUAUAUAUACACACAGAUAGCUUUUUUCCUUAGAGCUGUCACUGGUGACGGCUAGGUGAAAUGACAUGCAUAACAAAGGUAACUAUCCCUUUUGUCAAGCAAAGGAACAAUACUGAGACAAAGUAGUCCCUAUUUUGUCUCAGUGUAUCUACUGACUGGGUUGGAAUUUCAGUGAAAUUUCAACACCGUCAAUGAGUAUUUCAUAAAGAUUAUUAAUUAAAAAAAAAAUGUAAUAUCAUUGGUUUACUUCUUCCUCUUUUCUCCGCCAUGUUUUUGUACCAUUGUCAGAAUAAUUUUAACGUCAGGUGGACAUUGAUAAUGGCACCAAAAAGUGACAAGUUGAAUCACGUCUUACACUAUCCAUAGUCUUCCAGAGCAAGUUUUAUAUGAAGACAUACAAAAUACACAUACAAAUAUACUAAAACUUUAAGGAUACCACUGGCUCCACUCACUAUGUGUACCGUGCUUCUAGAGAGCUUAGCCAUUUACAUGAACAAUUUGUAUGUGACUUGUAGAUAAAUAUAUCAGUGAUCAAAACUUGCACUAAAGAAAUUAAGAAAAAAAAUCCCUAUAGAAAAAAAUCAGAAUGAGAAAUUAAUAUUUAAAUAGAAUACGUGCAGUGUCCAACAAAGAAACCCCAGUGUAUAGCAGGCGCAAGCAGCAUGAGGGUCUUCAGGCAGCCAUCCACACAGGAGCCCUAUUCAUUGCCUUCUGACUGGUUUCUAUGGUAUUCAGCAAAGCUUAGGGCAUAUAUUGGUCACAGACUCAUAGUACUGUGUAUUUCGUCUAACUCAUCUUUUACUGAUUUGCUGAAACCACUCUAAAAGUUAUUUAUAUCAUGAGAUACAAAGAGAGAAAAAGAAAGCUGCAGUCAAACAACUAAGAAUCUAUUAUUUCAUUGCCCGACAUAACCGACCCAGGGGCUUGCUCCAUCCUGAACUUCUAGAUUUGAUUAGGAUUCCUUCUGCUGAUUUGUCUCAAUUGACACAAUAACUCAGUCUUCGAUGGGAUGCUAUAUUCAUCAGGAAAGUGUACUGAGCAAAGGGUGCAUUUGUUGUGGUUUCAUUAUGAACGCUUCUCUUAUUUGUUUAUUUUUAAGGUUUAGAACCAUUGUGUAGAACCAUUGCUUUCUCCUCUGUCUCCCUGUACUGCUCUCUUUAAGUUGGGAGGUAAUGACCUGUACUCACUCCUCCAUGCACCGCAGCCAAACUGCAAAUCCAGCAGGAGCAUGGUCUUAUGUGCCAUGCCCCCGAUUGGAGAUGCCCAUCAGAUAUCUCUAAAUGUGGCCUUAGGUUCUGUAGCACCAGUGAUAGUUUCACCACAAUAUAUACACAUACAAAUACACACAAAGACAUUCCCUCCCAAGCAGACACACAGCUCAAUAAUAAGACAAUUCAUACUGUGAUAUAAAUAACAGUAGCUUUGAAAUGAUUAUGAAAUAUCUGAACAAAUGCUUACAUUGAGAUUCUUGCACUGCUCUCCUUUAUAUGUGCCCUUGAGAGGUUUUACCAUCUAAUCAUCUCUGGUUUGCUUUUCAGAUGAAAUCAUGCAACAGGAGAUCCGUCCACUGCUUGCUGUAGAUAUCAUAGAACAACUUCAUCGCCAGUUUGCAACUUUAUCAGGUACGCUUCAUGUGAAUUUAUUUAUUUUCACUAAACUCAAAGGACUAUUUCAUUAUUAGCAGAACACUCCAAGCACCAUAACCAAUAAAGCGUGCUUCCCCAAAGUCCGUAGUAAAAAAUGUUUGCUAAUAAUUGUGAUUUCUUACUUUGGGUACUCUGUGCUCCUGUAUCUUCCUGCAUUAAAAGCCAGAAGCUCCUGCAUGGACCCUGUCGCGUGGGUCGCGGACACAAAAUAUUAACACUACAUGCUCCAUUACCUGUAGAGCUGAUUGAAAUAGUUAUGGUGCCAGGAGAAACAUCCCUCUCUAUAAAAUUAUUAUUAUUUUUUUUUAUUUCUUUGUUUAUGGUUUUUAUUUUCACACAAAGAGAAUGUGGUUACAACAAAAAGUGUUACUGUUGUAGGAUAUAACAAUGUACGCUAUCACAGACUUUUUGAGUAGUAGUAGUAGGAAUUGCUAUUUCAUCCAUACAACAAUAUAAUUAAUUUAAAGGGUCCAGAGGUGGUGAUGCAUACAGCUAUUCGUCUACUGUUAAAUGUCACCCACAUACUGCACAUAUUUAUAACUCAAAAAUAUUGCUAGGGUGUUCAGAGCCUCCUCUGUCUGAUUUAAUCACUUAGGGGACCAGCAGGUAUGGGCAGGAAGCCAGGGCAUUUGGUGAGAGUUCCUAGGUGUGACAAUGCAUACUGUCAACAGUGUCAUCUGAGUUUAUUUUCCCUAAAAAUGUAACAUUUAAAUAUUGAUUAAAGUAUCAGAAAUUAAGCUCUAACUCAAGGAUAGGCAACUGUUGGCACUCCAGAUGUUUUGGACUACAUCUCCCAUAAUACUCUUACAGCCACAAUGCUGGCAAAGCAUCAAGGAACAUGUAGUCCACAACAUCUCGAGUGCCAAAGGUUGCCUGUCCCUGCUCUAGAUUACUUUCUUUACUGCCUAGAUUCUGGGGCAAACCGCAGCCUCCGCCAGUGUAAAACACACUGUUACUCUAAUGCAGUCCGCUAUGUAGCACCAGAUAUGUUAACAUGUUAACAAAACAGCUCCUCUGUCCUUGUUAGUGCACAACUGUUGCAUACUAUCUAAUGUUUUAGAGACUCUAAAACUUAUUUGAAAGAUUAACAUCUACAAGAAAGUAUGAAUAUCUGCUGAAGUAGCUUAAUAUUCUCGCUGGAUUUAAUGUAGACGUCAGAAUCUGUGUCUCCUAGUUUGUCACUCUCAGGCAGCUUAAAACAACAGAAUGUUAUGUCUGUAAAUGAGCAUGUUGUCAUGGAAACAAAGUAGUUGUACACAGAAUCAGCUAAGUUGACUAAAUUACUUCGUGCAGAUACACAUUGUCUUGACUGUCAUGGCAACAAGCACCAGUAUGAUGCAAGUUUGAUUACCUGGACCUGCCUGACAUUGAAUAGGAUACACUUUGGGCACUCACAUAAGUUGUGUGCAAUGUGUAGGGUUAAGUCACAGUAAGUUAUCCUGAGUGGCUUUUAUCUCAUAGAAAAAAGAAUUUAGAAAGCUGACACAGUAUAGACCUGACAACUGAACUACAAUUCAAAGGAACUUGCCCCGUGCCCAAAAAUCAGGGCUUAUUGCAUAUGCUCAGCAGUGCUUUGGAAAUUAAAUGCACAUUGUGAUUGGCUGAUUCAAUUCCUGUCCUGGGCAGAGACCAUUUGCAAGAGCUGCAAAUAACUUUUUUUUGGCUGAAUUCCAUUGAAUGGAUUUUUUAAUGUUAUGUUGUAAGUGGAUUUGAAGCAUUUUAAGUAGUUUUUUUAUUCACUAUAUAAUUUGAUGCACUUCCAUUUCUUUAAUAAAUAAUGAUACAAAAUUAUAUUCAACUAUUUUGGCUAAGCGGCUUGAUAAAGUGCUUCCAUCUUUAAUUAUCUUUGACAAGGUGGGCUUUGUUUUAAAUUGUCAGGCCCCAGACAAUACAAGGUGUUUUAUUAAUUUGAUCCACCAAAUUAAAUUGAAUCACACGCCUUCUUUGCUCCUAUCUUUAGAUGCGGAGAAGGCAUUUGUUAGAAUUCAUUGGGGUUUUCUUAGGGAAGUUAUGUCCCGAAUUAAUAUUCCAGAUCCUUUCAUCAGGGCUGUGUUUGCUUUAUACUGCAAUCCUAUAGCUUGAUUAUAUGCCACUGGCUUUGUUUCUGAUAGUUUUACUUUAUCCAAUGGAACCAGGCAGGGAUGUCCAUUGUCACCACUUCUUUUUGUGCUGGCAGUGGAACCCUGAGGCAAAAAGACAGUGUGCUAAUAUAGAGUGCAUUGUGGUAGGAGACAGAGAACAUAAAAUAGGCCUCUUUGCGGAUGAUAUUAUUUUGUUACUAAAAAAAUCCUUUGGCCUCUCUAAAACCUCUAAUGUCCAUCUUGCAAGAAUUUGGCGAAAUUUCCUACUAUAAAUUGUAUACUAAUAAAACUCACUUUCUUUUUUUGUCUCACUUUCUUUUUUUGUCCCAUGCAAGAAUUGGAUAUUUUAAAGAAACUUUUGACUUCGACUAGAGGGAUUCCUACUUAUCUUACUUGGGCAUUAAUUUGUGCAAGAACCUGUCAAAGCUGCAUACUUACAACUUGGCAAAAAUCUGUCCCUCUUUUAGGGAACAUAUUGAAAGGUGGUGUAGUGUUGAAAUUUCAUGGUUAGGCAGGAUUAAUUAGAUAAAAAUGACUCUCCUUCCUAAAAUUUUAUAUAUUAUUAGAGCUAUUCCCCCAAACAUAUCUUCCUCUUUUAUUCAGAAGGUUCAUUCUACACGCUUGGCUCUCAUUUGGAACAAACAAACAUGUAGGAUCAAAUUGGCUAGUUUGCAAAAACUCAGAGUUUGUGAGGGUAUGGGUUUACUAAACUUUAAUCACUAUUAUUUGGUGACCAAUGCUGCUGCAGCCCUUAAAUUUAUGGAGGCUGCCAAAAUCUUACCUUACUUCAUUAGGGAGGUCUUGUGGUUACCCCCUGCUCUUCGACCACAGAUGGUGAACAUGUAUCCAACCACCAAAGCCACUAUUAAGGCUUGGAGAGUGUUAUACACCAAGAUUAAUCCUUCCACUACCUGGUCCAGAGCUACCCCCUUAGCGGUGUUGCGAUCUGCAUUACCUGACUUAGAUGUGGAAUUUUGGCUUUCGCACUCUGUCAUACAUAUUAAUGAUUUACUUUUGUCCAAUUCCUUUUUAUCUGACCCAUAUUUGACCAGUUACAGGCAAAAUUUGGCCUGGAUGCCUCUGUUGCCCCUAUCCAUAGACAAAUGGUAAAUUUGCUUAGUGAACACUUUAACGUCUUGGAGAACGUAAAGUAAACAUGUCUAAUCUAGUAUAAUACAUAUCGCUUGGAUCCUGACCGUAGACGAACCAUUUCAAUGUGCUAUGCUUAUUUUUCUGGGGAACCUGGUCCAAAACUGGACUAUAUGACAAAGUGGGAAAGAAAACUGAAUAAAAAAACAAAACAAAAAUGUACUAUUGAAGAGUGGCAUGGGCUUCUGUUGGCGCUACGGAGCAUAACACAGUCUGUGGCGCUUUUAGAAUCCCAUUACAAACUCCUAUUUAGAUGGUACCUUACUCCUUCCAAAUUAUUUAAGUUAGCCUUAUCCCCUAAUAAUACAUGCUGGAGAGGGUGCGGACAAGUAGGCACACUAUUGCACAUUUUGGACAUGUCCUAAAUUAAAAACAUAUUGGGCCAAUUUACACACACUCAUGCACCUUAUUACAGAUCAAAUCCCACACAUUACACCCGAGUUGUGUCUCCUGAAGAAAUUCCCAGAGGGUUUACCUAAAGUUAAAAUUAUUAUGUUAGGUCAGGCAUAGGCAACCUUCGGCAGUCCAGAUGUUUUAGACCACACCUCCCAUGAAGCUUUGCCAGCAUUACUGGUGUAAGAGCAUUACGGGGGAUGUAGUCCACAACAUCUUGAGUACCGAAGGUUGCCUAUCCCUGUGUAAGGUCAGCUAUUAAUUUCAGCUUCUUCAGCUAUUUCUAGGUACUGGACGUCUGACACUCCAUCCACGACAGAGGACUUGCGUAGCCUAUUUGAGUUAAAGUGUUGUGAAGUAGCUUCUAGGACUCCCUCUGUGUUUUUAGAAUUGCUGAAACAAGAUUGGAUGAGCUGGUAAAGGGACGUCAAAAGUCGUUUUGGCUUAUAAGUAUCAUCUACACCACAUCCAACCAAACAGCACUAUAUACGAAUUAAAACCUGCUUCAUAUAUAUGAGCAUUGAAAUUGUUUAUUUUUUUUAUUUUAUUUUAUACAAAGCUUUCUCAACUGUUACUUUUUAGUUGUUCAAUAUAUUACUUUGUUUAUUUAUUUAUGUACAUGUAUAUAUAUAUAUAUUUAUAUAUAUAUAUAUAUAUAUAUAUAUAUAUAUAUAUGUGUGUCUAUUUUAUAGCAUCGGAUGAUAUUAGUUACAAUUAUUCCUUGUUAUUAUAUUAGUAAUUUUUUUUAUUGUGUUAUUGAAAAUUCAUUAAUAAAAACAUUUGAAGAUAAUUUGAUGCCCUUUAAAUACAAUAAGAUUUGCACAGUUGUUUAUUGCAAUUAUCAAGUAGAUUGUGCACUUAAAAAUAUGGUAAUAGAUUUUGCACUAUUAUUCCUUGCACUUUACAUAUACAGUACUCUUAUUUGCGUGGUACUUUAAAGGUACAGUGCACUGUAGUGAUUGAUUUUUGCACUUUAAAAAUACAGUGCACUUCAUUACUUUUGCACUUAAUGUUAUACUGCAGAUGUGUAUAAGUGUGUAUUCUAAUACUAAGGAGUGAAUUAAGACACAAGCUAAAUUAACUAGCAGUAGAAACACCAUAACCACUACAAUGUGCUGUAGUGCUUAAUAAGGAAUUGACCGAUAUUCCUUUUAUAGAACCGAUAAUCUGUGGUCUUUUAGGCCGUUAGCCGAUAACUUGUACCGAUAUUCUCUACGUUUACGGUUUUGAAAAUAGAAACUAUUUCUACACAAAUCUGCUAUUAACUGAACAUGUUUAUUAUUCAAUAUGGGUUUUUUUUGCAAAUCUUUCUAGAUUUCUUUUAUUGAGUGGUAAAUGUACAAAAUAUACAUGCCAAUCAGAUUUUUUUAUGUUUUCAAGAAUAUUGUGCUUGUGCUGUAGAUGUAGGGUGAGUGUUUGUGUAGUGGAUUCACUGUGGGUGUGUGUAGUGGAUGCAGUGUGUGUUUGUUAGAUGAUUGUGAAUGUUUGAGUCGUGGAUGCAGUGUUUGUCUGUCAGUCAGUGUCUGUCUGAUUGUGAGUGUCUGUCUGUUACAAAUGUAUGGGGGUAGGAGAGACACAUGGAGAGGGUGGGUGGAAGAGACACAUGGUGGUGCUGGGGGUUGGGUAAGAAACAUGGAGGGACUGGGGGGGGGGAUGAAACACAUGGGGGGCCACAGUGCAGUUUUUGCAUUGGGGCCUGGUGGUUACACCUCUAGUUACACCUCUGACCCCCUCCCUGCCUUUUACAUGUGGCCAGGGAGGGGGGCAUUACAAUGGAAUUUCACAUUGUAGCGACAGCAGCCUGGACCCAGCGCACGCUGUCUUCUGCCAUCCCUCCAACUCUUUUGAGCACAGUGUGCCAUUUAUGGCUGAGAGCUUGUGAGAGUUUCAAAAAGAUACUGCAGAUAGUGUGCGCGGGGUCCAGGCCAAUGUCUGCAUUAUCAGGAAUAUCGGUAUCAUUAUAGGCUGAUACCGAUAUUGCUGAAAAUGGGAAAUAUCUGCCGAUAAUAUUGGCCGAACCCUAGUGCUUAUAGUACCAGUGGUACCUUAGUGCGGUCCCCACGAUAAUGAACACAGAUUUUGAAUAAUGUGACACUUUAUAGAUCCUACACCUGCAGGCUUGCCCCAUCUAAAAAUAUAGCUAAAAUGGAAGUUCCCCAUCAUCAUUAAAUCUAUCUAUUUUAUCCCUAAUUGAAGGGAAUUCACUUGCUUUCCAUCCAAAAACUGGUAGAAUUGAUAUUGCUAAAUGUGAAAAUAGGGGCUUUCACUAUAAAGAUAUCUGAAAAAAUGACCAGAUCGCAGACACCAAGGGGACUCAGGAAGGUGACAAAGUGUUCAAUAAUGAUUUGACAACUAAGCAUGUUACUACAGCACUCCGUAGUAGUUUUGUUGCUUAGAGUGCCCUUGUAUUUUGCAUUAUUUUGCCCUGAAAUGAAAAAAAAAAAAAGGUGAUAACCGUACACGAAAAGGACGUGGGAAUUGUUAUAGACAACAAACUAUGCAAUAUUGUGCAAUAUCAAUCAGCAGUGGUUAAGGCCAGUAAGGUAUUGUCAUGCAUGAAAAAGGGCAUUCAUUCUCGGAAUGAGAAUAUAAUUUUGCCUCUUUAUAAAUCACUGGUAAGGCCACAUCUUGAAUAUGCUGUGCAAUUUUGGACACCUGUUCUAAAGAGGGAUAUUUUGGCACUGGAGAGGGUGCAGAGGCGGGCUACAGGAUUAAUAAAAGGAAUGGAACACAUCAGCUAUGAAGAAAGCUUAAGAAAUGUAAACAUCUUUAGUUUAGAAAAACUUCGUCUCAGAGAGGAUAUGAUAACAUUAUACAAAUAUAUCCAGGCCAAUACAAACCAUUGUGUGGAAAUCUAUUCACAAACCGGACUUUACAUAGGACACAAGGUCAUGCAUUUAGACUGGAAGAAAGAAGAUUUCGUCUAAGGCAAAGGAAAGGAUUUUUUACUGUAAGAACAAUAAGGAUGUGGAACUCUCUGCCUGAAGAAGUGGUUUUAUCAGAGUACAUACAGAUGUUCAAACAGCUACUAGAUGCAUACUUGCAAAAACAGAAUAUUCAAGGAUAUAAUUUUUCAAUGUAGGGUAAUGGCUUCUUGAUCCAAGGAUAAAUCUGACUGCCAUUCUGGGGUCAAGAAGGAAUUUUUUUCCUAGUUUGUUGCAAAAUUGGAAGUGCUUCAAACUGGGUUUUUUUGCCUUCUUUUGGAUCAACAGCAGAAAACAGAUGUGAGGACGGUUGAACUUGAUGGAUGCAAGUCUCUUUUCAGUUAUGUAACUAUGUAUAGAAUUCAAAAAAUAGCUAAACCUAACCAAAGCUAACUUCUAGUUUGAUAUCUGGCUGUAAAAAAAAAAAAAAAAAGUCAUAUGUUACAGUUCAAUUUUAAAUAUGGUAUCUGUGAGCAUCAUUAACUUUAUAAAAAUAAAGAAUUGAAUAGCAAUGCUGGUUAAAAAAAGACCCAAGUCCAACAAGUUCAACCUUUCACUCAUCUAUCUUUUUGCUGUCACUUCAUGUCUACUUUACAACAUGCUAAACUUCUAUGACUACUUUGGUCAUCAUGUGCAUAUUUCUCUGCUGUCUCCCUAAUUUUGCUAGCACGGGCGAAGCGAGGUCAUGACGAACCCAGGGAAGUCCUAUACUUGCGCAUCCCUCCAACCAGUUCCAUGUCAGAUUGCAGGUCCCUUGCCAAGAAUUGUUUCAAUAAUAGUAAUAAUAAUAAUAAUAAUAAUAAAAUAAUAUUAUCAAAAUAAUGCGCUACACAAAUUCUCAUGAUUCACAUUUUUAUGGCAAUCAAAAUAGUUAUGGCCAGGAACUGGAGAAACAUAGGUCCCUUAAAUUGGCAUGAAAUUCGCACACAAGUGGAUUUCCAAUAUAGGAUGGAAGCAGGCAUAGCAUUAGAUAGAAUAUCCAAAGAGAAAUAUGAUGAAAUUUGGGCCCCUUGGGUUAGAUAUUUAAGAUCAAAAGAUUAAAUCCCAUACCCCCACUAAAUCCCCAAUAGCACCUUCUUUCUGUUAGGCAAGUUAGUGUUUUCUGUAGGAGUAUGAAUGAGGUCAACUUGUCUAUCUUUUUGACCUGAACACAUUUAUUGUACAAAAUGGAAAAAAAAUUGGUUUUAUAUUUGAGAUGCAUAAACUGUAAAUAUAGCAAUAUAGUAUAGUAAUUUAAACUGAAAGUAUGUUAUAUGUUUGUAAUUUAAGUGAAAAAAUAAAGAUAUUUAAAAUAAUGCGCUACACAGAGUUGGAAAAAGAUUACUGGUAAAAGAUUACCCUCGGUCUGGAGCUCCAGCUCUGGUGGGGCUUCCUCGAGCCAGAAGGGAAAUAAAAAAAAUCCCCCUGCGAUCCCUCACUUCAUUGAGGGACCGUGGUCUGUAACACAGUCCCUGGAUAACUCAGAGCGCCACUGAGAGUAACUUAGCGCCAGAACUACGAGGAAGCUCUCAAAGUGUUCUGUACAAUGGAGCUCCCCAUCCCCCGGACAACCAGGGAUCCACUUGAAAACCAGUGAAGGUAAGCAGGGGUAACGGGGGAAAUACACACACCACUCGGACACACUAAACUCUUCUCCACACAGUCAAUACUCAGCCACACUCAAACUCCCUAUACACACAAAAUUAAGUCACCACACACACACUUAGCAUCCCCCCAUACAGCAUUCACCCGCCUCCACACACAUACCCUCAUACGCUCUCAGAAACACAACUCUUACCACUCACAGAAAAAGAAACCAAUGCUCUAGGAGAAGGCCCCAAUCUGGCACUGGGCAACCUUAGACUAACCCUGGCUCUAUAUAGACUAGUAUACGAAAUGGGUCUUUAUACUAAAAAAUGAAAUUAGGUGAAUUGUUAAUUACAUUUAGGCCAAUGCAUCUGACUUGGAAAAGGACUUGAAUUUGAUUUUUUUUUUCUUUAUUUUUGUUGUGCAAUUGCUUAUUACAAGUGAUGAAGAUGCCACAACAGCAUAUAACAUAGAUGAACAGUUGGCAUUAAAAGACAGUGCACAGGUUUUUUUAUAAGGUUAAUUUUACAUGUUACAACAAUCCUGCUUGAUCCAUCGUUGUGUUGCCAUAGUUCUCCCUAAGGUGAUAAGUUAUGUGUAGUUAUCUUGGUGUACUAUUGGUAUAUGAGCAGGCUCCGGCUUGGCGGUGGCUUUUGUGGGUAUUGCGGUGCCCGGUAAUGGUGUUAUCGGUAUGUCAUCGCCUGUGAGGUGGCCCUUUAAUUUAAGGAAGUGUUAUAUGGGCGUGUGCCUUGCUGGGUUCCCUAAUUGGUGUUAAACCCUUGGUAUAUAAGUAAACGUAGAACUGGUAAAAGAAAAACAUUAUUGUUAACUCUGGUAACUUUUUGUCAGCGGGCUGAGCAGCAGUCAUUUACAUCAAGUGUCCGCUAUUGGGAUUUCCCUUCUCCUCGGUACAAAGGGGACAGUUCUGGUGGAGUCCCAUGUAUGGGAGCUGGUGGGCUCAUCUGGUCUCGGUGGGAGCUUCAGCGCCUUGAGGAAGGAGUCCGCCUCCUGGGUGGAGGUGAGAUGCAGAGUAGUGCCGUUGUGAUCCACAGACAAGGGUUUGGGUGUUGUCCAACGGUAGAUUACCUUGGCGUCUUGAAGGCGACAGGUCACUGGGCGUAGGUUUCAUCUCCAUUGAAGUGUGGAUCGUGUUAAGUCUUGAUAAAAAGGUAAGACUUGCAGAUUCAAAGUCCAGUGGUGUUUUGCCCUUUAGUGCUGCGAAGAUGGCGUUUCUGUCCGCUUGAGUGUGGCCCCUGACGAUUACAUCCCUGGUUGUUUGGGGGGAUGCCUGUGGUGAUUUGCGGAUGCGAAACAUCUCUGCGAUGGCCAGUUUUUUGGCCUGUGCAUAUGGCAAUAUGGUGGCUACCAGUCGCCUGAGGUAAUGCAGCAACUCUGACUGGCUGAUGUCGUCGGGGAUUCCCCUGAUUUUCACAUUGCAUUUGCAGCUCCGCUCGUCUGUCGCCUCUAGUUUGCUAAGCAGAGUUGAGUGAGAGGAUUUUAAUUGUGAUACUGUUUCUUUAAGGCCUUUUAUUUCUUGUUGAAUGUCGUUUAUAUCUUCCUCUGUGGAUUUCACGCGGUCCGUGACGGCUUGGACCUCCAUUUUCAUUAUGGCCAUGUCUGCCGCUGACAUUUGUUUUAGUUCCAGUAAGAGGUUUUUAAUGUCCAGUUUGUGGCUGGUGUUAGCGCAUCUGGGUCAGCCUGUAUGUCAAGGGGUGGCCUUUGGUCUAGUGUAUCCCCCUCAGCAUGAUCCGAGCAUGUGGAGUUACUCUCUGGGUCUGGGUCUCUCCCUGUGUGCGACCACUUGGUUCCGUGGCUAAGUUCCGCCCCUUGAAUUGGAUAUUUAUUUACAAUUUGGCUAUUUUUGCAAUUCCCUUGCAAAUUCACAACAUUUUCAUUUUUAUUCACAAAGUGAAAAUUAUCUAGAGUUCCAACUGAAUUUAAAGUUCUUUAAAAAAAACAACAACUAACUAUUUAACAGAUAUACCCAAAUGAAAACAUGCAUGCAUGUUUUGAAUGUUUGCUUACCGCACCGAAACACGCAUCCAGCAUUUGUUUCCCAUUUUCACUCUUGCACUGCACUUUUUUUGUACACCUUCACUAUGGAGUAACUUUUGACUCAAUCGGACUAGUAUAGGAAAGAAUACAGAUAAGAUAAACUUGGAUUGAGGUCAGUUCUUUAGAUCAUGAGUGGUGGCAUUCCUGACAGCUGAUGUACUUCUUUCCUCUUUUCAACCUUUUAUUUAUUGAUCCAUAUCUACUUUUUCCCAUGAAGAUUACUAUGACAUAUGAUUGAUAUUAUGCAGAGCUUAUAGAUAUCUGAGCAAAAUAUGUAAAAUCCCCUUAUGCAAUAUAAAACACCAGUGGUUAAAAAGGGGGUAAUUAUGAAAAUAAGUUACCCUAUAAAACAGUAGAUGUUUAGAAAAUUCCUUGGAUCUUCUGAAUAUACAUAGAGAAAAAAAAAAACAACCUACAAAAUAAUAUCAGAAAGGACGACACAUGGUGCAGACCAAAAAACACCAGAUAAUAGCUAGUGUAAAAAUGCACUCACAAGCAUAAAUUAAAGCAGGCAGAAUAUGAAAAUAUUGGUAGAACUUCUCUACUUGCCAACUUCUGUGCUUGUUAGGAGAGAAGAAACAAAACACAUGUACAAUACUGUAUAACAUCAAAAAGAACACUUUAUUUUAUGCACUCCCAGGAUAAUAGAAAAAUAAAAGCCUAUCAUUUUUUUUACUCUCAGGAGAAAUUCUGUAUUCUACCUCCAGGACCCAGAAAUCUGUUGUGAAGGCAAUCAGUAAAACACAGGAAAAACGAUGUUCUUUCACCCUACGCGUUUUGUCUAUAAAUAGACUUCCUCAGGGGUAUUCAGCGUGUGUCUGACAAUUGUACCAAGUCCUGGGUUUAAAAACCUGGCUUGCUCCUUCCAAAUUGCCUCACAGCCAAUCGGCUGUAGACUGAAAGAAAAAAUAAAAAGUGAAAAGUAAUGAAAGAACAGUAAGAAAAGAGUUUGAUUACUUCAUGUAUUUUUUCGCCUUGUAACUGAGAGGGAGAGAUGAGCAAAGGUAGAGCAGAGUACCAAAGUAGUGUCCCCUGGUCUUGGUCGUGGCUGCGUUGAAACCAUUGAUAGUGCUCCUUUCCUCACCAGGCAUAGUUUAUUUAACUCUGUCCCAGGAGGAACUUGUAUUUCAAAAGGAAUGUCUGGAAAAAGAUAAGCUGCAGUCUAGCUAGUGGUUUCUCCUCCUGCAUCUUCUCCACCUUUGGUAAGUCCAUCUCUGUUUGCAUUUGCAUUGCCUCAUCCAAUGGUAACAUUUUCUGUUACUAGUGCCACACAUAGCUCAUCCAUGUCUAUAUUAACACCACCACCCUUUUCAUUAGCAUUAGUUAACCAAAUGCAAGAGGCUAGUGUUGCACAGCUUUCACAGCCACUGAUGAUAAUUUACCCACAUCUUCAGCAGCUGCAAGCCGAAGGGUUGAGGCUAAUGUAUUGUGCCCCAGCAAAGUUUUGGAUCCCUUCCAGUGGCUCUAAGAAGGCUUAUUUGCUUUGUGCAGAAUGUAUGGCAAGGGAUCAGUAGGGGAGACAGUUUUGGGACAUCUCACUAGUGUCAGUAUUAACCUACAUCUGGAAAAACAUCACAAGUCUGUUUUAAUAAGGGAUGAAGCAGAGAGAAAAAGUACUGGGUCAGGCAGCAUGUCAACUGGUACUGUAUCUGAUUCUGUGCAGUUUUCACCACAUACCAGCAGCGGUACUUCCUCCAAUACUACCACUCUUAGUCAGAAAAGGUAGGAUAUUGAGGAUAGUGGCACUAGUUGACAAAGGCAUGUUGGGCAGGGGCAGUCAAACUUAUCAUCCCAGAGAUGUGCUCACCAGCCCACUCUUUAACAUUUUGUCUGAUUUCCUUUGAGGGCCAUGUCAAAACAGCCCGCUAACAAAAUCACCCACCUAAUUAAUCAUGUGAUCGCUGUAGUGGCUUCUAUUUCCAUGGUAGAAGGGGAGCCCUUUAAGCAGCUAAUACAUCCCCUUGUUUGUGUAAGGAUGUAGUGUGUUUAGUGACUGCAGAGUGUGUGCUUGUGUAGUGGAUGUAGUGUGUGUAUACUGACUGCAGAAUGUGUGUUUGUGUAUGGAUGUAGUGUGUGUAUAGUGACUGCAGAGUGUAUGUUUGUAUAGUUUGUAUAGUGACUGCAGAGUGUGUGUUUGUAUAAGGAUGUAGUGUGUGUGUGUAAGGAUGUAGUGUGUCAGUAGUAGUAUUAGUAGUGAUGGGUGUGGGGGGGUUGUUCAUGAUUUGGCAGUGAAGGGGUUAAAGUAACACUUGUUUUCUCUCCCUGUACCUGGCAGGCUAUAGUACCCUGAUAAUGAACUCUGACCCCACGAGCCACCACACUCGCACUGCGCCCCCCCCCCCAAAUGCCAGGUAGACUCACCUACGUGACCAGUGAGUUGUCCAGGAACAGGUCCAAGAGCUGUGAGAUUGUAAUAUCCAUCCUUUGCUGGGUUUAAUAGGUUUAAAUGUCUCUGGAUCACAUAUUGUGUGCACUGCAGCCUGUGGUACUAGCUUUCAGUUUUGAGAAGCUCAUCUCUGCAGGGGGGAGAGAGAGCACACCCUCUCCCCUCCAUCUCUCAGACUCAAACAAACACUCUCAAUGCAACUACUGGCUUCUCAUGGCAAGGUCCAGGGAGCAGCAUGCAUUCAUGGUCAAUCCCCUCUGGGAGCAAUGCAGGCUGCGCUGGCACAGGACUGGCCCCUGGUGCAUGCUCUGUAACUGUGAUCUCCCACUCACUGAGAAUGAACUAAUUCUACAGGUAGCUGCAGCUAAAAUUGAUAUAUAUAUAGAUAGAUAUAUAUAUAUAUAUAUAUAUAUAUAUAUAUAUAUAUAUAUGUGCACAUAGGGAAUGUGCAGUCCAGGCCCGCUGUGCCCAUGACAAUUUUCAUGCCCUGAUGGCGGCCCUGCUGCAGAUUGAUUUGGUAUAGAGCAGGUAUAUGACAUGCAUAUACAUCAAAGCACCAUCAAUUUUGUUCAGAUUUAUGAAGUGGAGGAGGUCCAGACAGAUGGUGACAAAUUGGUAAGGAGAGAAGACAGGCAUAAAUGUGGGGUUUGAGAGGGUUCCUUUAAAGGUGUGUGCUGUUCUGCAUAAAUCCUACAUCUGCAGUAAAAUUUUCUAAGUAUUUUGAAAUCUGGGGGUGAAUAAUAAUAUUUUUUUACGAUCAAACUACUCUUGCUGCUUCUCCUCCCUUUUGAAAAUGCCUUUCAUCAAAGUAGUCACCCUGCCUGGCCGAGUCUUGCCGUGUGAUUAUGCUUUCUACCUCUGAAGAUGUAAAUUGACGUCAAAUCAUUUUUCCAUAUCUAAAAGUAUUCCAACACGUGGUGGUGUUUUACAAUGCCUUUAAUGGUUGUUGUUUCACCAUGUCAUAAGGCUGCACAACAUUUUAGCUGUUUUUGCAUUUCAGUACACCAAUAGGCACAAUGUGGUGCCAUUUUGGUGCACUAGAAGAGUUUUAACCAAAACAACUGCAUGGACGAAAUUAAAACAAAAAGACAAAAAGGGAAUUGAGGGCACGACUGAAACAUGCAUUUUUCAAGAAUUGUGAAUUGCAUUUUGUAUCAUAAUGCACAUACAACAGAUUAUUAAAAUACACUUUAGCUUUUUUAGCACUAGCACUAUUUAAAUUGUCUCCAACGUGGAAUUUGUGUACGACCCACUGAUAUUGCGGUAUUUUGAAGAAGUGGUGGGCUUCACACAAUAUGGCCAUAUGGUGGAACUGAAUCCCCAUAUUUGUUUGCUGAAAUAGGUGAUUUUAAGGAGCCUUAUACAAUUUAAAACUGAAUUUGUAUGUGUGUGCUGUUCAUUAAUCUGUAUUAUGUCCAGUCAUAUCAAUCAUUUUUAAACAGAAAACAAGGCCUGCAUAGGUUAAAAAUCCAAAAUAAUGAUAAUCAUAUAUACAUAAAAUGUUAAAAGGGUGACUUUUCAGUGUAAUUACAGCCCAUAUGAAGAGAUGAUGCUGAUAAACAGAUAAUUAGGACUAUAUGCAAAGUGGUACUCAGAAAAAGGAGAAGACAAGUCUUAUUCACAAUAUCAUAACUCUGAAAGUUUGUCAGUAAUAACAAAAGGAACCAGACAACUGACAAAUAAGCUGUCUUCAGAUGCAAUAACAAACAAAAUUACAGCAAGGUAGUGCAUAACCAUAACAAAAAUAAUAAAAACAUGUUUUUAUAAUGUUAGACUCAAUUAUAAUGUCUGGUAAGGCAAUGCUCAUAAAACCACAAAAUGUCUAAUGUAUGCCACCAGGAAGCAUUCAAGCUCAAAUUUACAAAUAUAGUGUAUAAUUUCUAUCAUAUUAAUCUUGUUUGAUUUGUGUGUGUCUGUGUGUCAAGGUGUGUGUAUCUGUGUGUCAAUAUGUAUCGGUGUGUGUAUGUAUCUGACACACAGAUACACACACACACACACACACACUGGCACAUAGAUACACACACUGACACACAGAUAUACAAAACCUUGACACACAGUGUCUAUCUGUGCGUGUGUAUGUUUGUAUGUAAAGAAUAUGGGUGGUGGGCAAAAUAAACUGACCCUAAGGAGUGGAAACAAAUGGAUAGAAAUGGAUAAAAACAGACAGGCAGGAGAUUUCCACUAGUAAAAGAAAGCCCCCAUCAAAGCUAAAAGAAAUCAAUGAAUAAUACUAGGUAACAAAGGCCUACACGUACUAGGAGAUCUCUUUCCGGAUGAUAUAAAUUAAAAAAACUCUAAAAUAUAAAUAUCGAAACCACUUGUAAAUGUAUGGAUUACCAAAAUAGUAAAAUAUGCAAAAAUGUCUUAAAAUAUACAGAACUUAGAAUAUAAAAAACUGGUUGUAAUAUAAAUAAAUACACUAGGUGGCAGCCUUGCAUAAAAGAAUCUGGUGUGAAAAGAUUCUUUACUAAACAGCAAAAACUCUGAAUAUACAAAGUGGGAAAAAACUUCAGGCUUGAUAGUCCAAUAAAAUCCAAAGCAAUGAAAAAAAAAUAGAAUAAUGUCCAGUAAGGUCUAUGAUAAGCAAUGUUUUUUUAGUGCAACAGUACCAAUAUCACAUCCUACACAUUGUGCUUCUGCUCAAUAAAAUAACAGUAGCAAUAAGUGUCAAGUUGUGAAUAUAAUUUAACCAAUGCUGGUAUAUAUCAGUGAAAUCUCGGAUAGUAGCAACAAACUAACAGUUACUAUUAUAUCACCAAUACAGGUAUAUAGUACUACGAUCUCUAGAUGAUCGGUAAUGUUAGUAAAAACGUCCAAAGUGUUUAUAUUAAAAAUUCCAUAUUUAUUGAAAAUGAAAUAAAAAUUAGAACACACUCACAGAAUAGAAGUGUAAUGUCCCAGCAAUUGAGUCCUUGUUUGGUAAGAAAGUCGGGUGAUGGUCAGCAAUCUGAGGGAGAACUUUCUCCUGCCGGUGGGAUGAUCUUACUGCGUUAGGGGAGGUGAGACACCUCUCGCGUGCGUUCCACUCAGUGCGCCCGAUUUGCGUUCCACGAUUUCUCGGUAGCUGGAUCGAUGUACGGCAAUUGCCGAAAAUGCCUUGCGCAUUUCGUGACAGAAAGAAAAUAAAUAAAGGCCUGACUUGUGGGUUUACCCAAUGUGGGAAAUGUAUGGGAUUCAAAUUAAAUAGGACACAGAAAACCACAGUAAAGGAAUUUAAACACAAAGAAACAAAAGAGACUUAAGAUCAGGACGUCAAUCAAUAGUGACUAUAGGAGUCAUUUAUUUUUUAUGGUGUCCAUGCGGAAAACAAACAAAAAGGAAAUUUAAGAUUCGGCUUAGUGAACAUAUAAGAAAUAUUAAAAGAGGAUUUUAAUAUUUUUAAGAGAGGUUCCAGUGUAUCUAAGUUAAAAAUCCAUUUAGCCUCUAUUUUAUCCAGUUCCUUUUCAAGAUCUCCUCCUCUCCAGUAGGUCUCUACUUUCUCAAUGGCCAUAAAUUCAAGGCCAGUGGGAUCAUUGGAGUGUUUAACACUAAAAUGGCGUGAGAGGUUAUGGUUUUGAAAUCCUCUUUUAAUAUUUCACACAAUACUCUUCAUAAAACAAACAGAAUGCUACCAACAAACGUUUUGGAUGGGAGCACAUUGACAGUUCACCAGUGGCUGGCUUCUCAUCCUCAGUCAACACCGUCUGGUAAUCCAAAACUCGGAAAGAGGAUAGAAAGCAACAAUAGUGCUCUCAAUUGCGAUGGGAUUAGUGUGAAAUAGAUAGAGAAAGGUAGAUAACUCACAUUUGAGAGAGCUAUGGCCAGCUCUGGUGUGAAUAGCGUACAGCUGUAUAAUCCCCGCUUAUGGGAUAUGCAGCGGAAGUGCGUCCGUCAACACCGUCUGGUAGUCCAAAGCUCCAAGAGAGAAAGGUAAAGAGCAACAAUAGUGCUCUCAAUUGUGAUGGAGUAAGAGAGUAAAACAGAAGAUAAAAUAAUACUCACAAAGAUAGAGCAGAGGUACUGCUCAAUGGAUAAGCGUUGGUGGUAUGAUCCCCACCUGGGAUUUCUUGGAUUACUGGAACAGUAAAAAUGCCAGUGGAAGUAAAAGUAACCAGGAACGUUUAAAAUGCUAGGAGUAAGUAAAAGAGUUUAAAGUGCAUAGAAAGUGCAAUAAAAAGAGGAUUGGUACAGUAAAGUAGCCAAAAAAACUUUUAUUGUUCUAAAAUACAAGAGUAAAAUACUUUACUGUGUAUUUUAGAACAAUAAAAGUUUUUUUGGCUACUUUACUGUACCAAUCCUCUUUUUAUUGCACUCUCUAUGCACUUUAAGCUCUUUUACUUACUAUUUUUACACAAUUGCUCUAGUAGCUACAUUCCUAUUUAGAUUUCUAAGAAAUCUAACAUUGUGAAUCUGAAUAGCUACUGGAGCAGCUGCUUUAUACCUGGGUAGUUUCAUAGCAGAUAUACAUAGGACAUAUCAGGCAGGCUCCAUAGAUCUCUCAAUUUUAAGUUACUUUUUUCUGUCACUUGCAGUCUCUUUGCAUCACUAUUUUAUUUGGUUUCACGUUUAGUGUGUAAUUUUCUGUCUAACACUAAGUAUCGAAUAAAGCUUAAAAUACUUGUAAUUUUUACCUUCUAUAUUGAGUUGUUAACUUUCUGUGUGGGUAAAUCUCUGGCGUUUUUGAGAGUUGAUAUCCAGGUGACUUGGGUCCUCACUCUCAAUACAACUGCUUUAGGAAUUCUCUUUGAAUGGGUUAUUUAAUUUAGAUGUUUGGGCACUACAGUAACCUCUCCUCUAUCUCUAUGUGGGUAUCAAAUACAGGAAGAAUGUCUCAGGGGUGGCCAAGAAGUAUAUUACGAGUUGUUUCAGAAUUGAAUCUCUAAUGAUGCUGAGCCCCCUAUUUUUUUGUAUUUAUUUCCCAUCCGACAGCUCAUGGAAUGGAGUACCCACGCUACCUACUACUACAUGUUUAACUUCUCACCAUUAGGACCUGUGUACGUUGCAUGGGGACUUUGUCGGGUCCCCCUGUUUUCAAAUAUUUAUUCCUACAUCUAACAAACCAGGAUAUGGAAGUAGGGUAAUGACACCCAAUGCCCACUUGAUCAGUUGUUGUUGUUUUGACUCCUCAUUCCUUGUGAUGCGAGUAAUAGAUUUAUUACUUUCUUCAUUUAUCUUAGGUUUAUUUUCUUCAUUUAUCUAAAAAAGUACUCUGUUUACAGUAAUGUUUUUGUAUUUUGUUAGUACAUAUCACUCUGUGAAGAAUAGGAGAGACAUUCAGCAAUUAUGGUGAUUGUUGUCUGUUUUUUUUUCCCACUAAACAAUUGAGUUUAGCCAAACUAGCCAAGCUGUGAGUAUAGCUGUGUUUGAGAAUUAUUGGGGAUUUCUUUUUUUCAAUUCUGUCUCCACUCCCUAAAAUGUAUUGUUUAGUGAGUAAAUCAGUUUUUAUCUACUUAUUUCUUUUUCUUCUUUCUUUCUCCUUUGCUUUUAUGCUAUAAAAAAAAAUGAAUACCACUUGGAAUGUAGGACAUCAACUUUUUUUUGUUUGUCAUAUGACGUUAAUGGUGUUAUGACCAGGAGGUGCAAUAGAAGUAUAAACUGGCUUCUAGUACCACAAGGUGGCAGUGUAAAGCCAUCCCAGAUUCUUGUAUUUGAUUCACGCACCAGUAGUACGAGCUGGAAGGUGAAUGCUGAGGUUAUUUAGUACCCUUUUUUUUAUAAGAAGACGAAAAUUGAGUGCCCUACCUAAAACUUAACUUUUUUUGUAAAUACAAAUAUUAAAAAAAAAAAUUGGCAGAAAAAGUAUAAUUGUGCAGAUGUGCUCAAAAUAUUUUUUUUUGAAAAGCAACCAAAUCUAUAUACAGAACGUGAAACUUUUUAGCCAGUAUUCAAGUCUCACUUGUAAAAUAGUUAAAUACAGUGUAUUGAUAUGCCCUUCUUUUCAAGCAUUUAAGACUGUGUAUUGUCUCACUAAUGUCGAUACACUUUUUCUAUGGUUUUCAGAAUUUUGGUAACCAAGUUUUAAUGAUUGGUGAUAAUGCACUAUUAUGCCUAGAUUGUUAUAAUGACACAUUUGAUCUGUGCUCAUUUAGUAAGGUGUCCUGUCAGUUUUUUUUAUAAAUAUUUGUUACUGUUAAUUACAGACAAAGUAAAUAUAGUAUAAUGAUAGUUUCCAAAAUUUUGGUGACCAAGUUUUAGUUGUUGGUAAUAAUGCACUAUUAUGCCGAGAUUGUUUAAUAACUAAUUUGAUCUGUGCUCGUUUAGUAAGGUCUGCUGUCAAUUUUCUUUAUAUAUUUGUUACUGUUAAUUACAGACAAAGUAAGUAUUACACAAUAGAGACCUGUGAUGUGAGAAGAGAAAUUGUGGGAAAAAGAAUACUGGUCAUAGGUAUUCUCUAAACGGUAGUGUACUCCAGUGAGGUAAUGUCUGUGUCUAUAAGACACUGUGCGAAUACUACCGAUCAGGUCCUAGGGUGAUGACCCAAUAGAAUUAUUUUCAAAUCUCCUGCACUGGGUAUGAGUGUCAAAGGGAAGAAGAGUUAGCAGUUAGGGACCGAGUUAGUGCGCCAAGCAUUGAUAAUAGGUGCCCUUGAAGGCGCACAGAAGUACCUUUACUCGGUCCCUAGCUGCUGACUCUUCUUACCUUUGACACUCAAAUGAGUCAUUAAACAAUCUUGGCAUAAUAGUGCAUUAUUACCAACAAUUAUAACUUGGUCACCAAUAUUUUGGAAACUAUUAUUGUACUAUAUUUACUUUGUCUGUAAUUAACAGUAACAAAUAUUUAUAAAGAAAACUGACAGCAGACCUUACUAAACGAGCACAGAUUACAAUAUAUAAAUACUGUCUUAAAUUUGAAAUGCACUUUGAAUAUAGUUUGAAUUCUCGCUUUAGUGAAUAACCCAGUUAAUUAAACAAAUACUGCAUGGGGAAAGAAAACAAAAAUGUACGUACCCAUCCCUAUAGUAUUUUCCCAACUGCACCUGACUUUUAGUUCCUUAAGCUAUAUGAAUGAUCAGCAGUGUGCUACUUGCCAGGGGUCUCGGCCAGCUUACCAUGUAACCUGUGAUAUAUGAGCUUGCAUUAUUGUAACACUGACUAACUAACCGGUUACAUUAACAGACACUCAGUCUGACAUAACACAGUUAUUGAGCAAGGUAUAUGUCACGGUUCUCACCGUGCCAUCCAGACAGCCAUAAGUGCCCAACAGGGGAGUUGAACCUGAGGCUUUCUGCAUCCUAAGCCUGAGUUCCUCCCUCUGACUUUUAUUCUAACCUUGUUUUCCUGGCAUUGUCUGCAGCACUAAGGGGUUGGACAUCACCAGUGGCUCCUACCUGUCCAUCUAAGUUCACCUGAGGCAGUUCACUCAUUAGCUGGGCAUAAAACACUGCCCCUCCCUGAGAACAUUGUCAGUUUGAUGUUUCUUUUAUCCUGUUUCCUAAGACUGACUUGGCUUGUGACCCUUUCUGUUUGGAUUAUUCAUUAUUGCCUGUUACAAAUUAUACAAAAUAAUAACAGGACUGCUAGAUCUGUAUCAUAGAAACACACACACAAAAAAACUGUGAAUUCCACAAGUUACAUAUAUAGCAGUAUAUGUUUAGAUAAAGAGGUAGCAAUCUGCUUUCUGUAGUGUCCUGUGAAUAGAUUGUACUCAAUAUAACAUUGACUUUGUAUCAAGAGGUUGAUACAAAUGUAGCAGGCUGCUACCUGGAGUAACUUGUGGAUGGACUAAAGUCUAUAUUAGAUAAUCAUAAAACCACAUCUUGGAUGUAUACAGUAGAAGACCGUAGACUAAGGAGUCAGUAGCAGAGUGGUACUAGGUGAACCCUGGUUUGUUUAUUAAAGGGAAUUUUGCAGAAGUCAAGUAAAUUCAAAGCUAAUUUAAAGGAACGUUGAAAAAAUGUAAAGCAUUUCAGCUUGAUUGUUGUGAGAAGCAAUGUAUUGGUUGGGAGAUUGUCCGUGUUCCCGGAGGUAGAGUAGAGCUGCGCUGAGGAGACCCUAUUGCCACUGGUUUAGAGGUGUGGUGUGUUUUGAAUUCAUGGCAAGCGAUGAUUUCUAAAUUAGAUAUGUCUGCCUGAAAUUGUUAAUUUUAUAGUACUACUAAAAUAAAAUCAAUUUACUGUGCAAGCAAAGGCAGACAGGCACGUUAUGCUGAUCCAGUUUUCUCUGUACUUAUUCUGCAUGUUUUAAUUUAGGGAUGUAUGGGGGAAAAAAAAGUUGGAAGGUGGAUUGACCAAUCAGAGGCUGAUAGGCUGACAGCUGGGAAGGUGGCAAAGAUUUAUACAAUUGCCAAGUUUUUGUAGAAAUCAGCACUUUUAUAAACUGUCAGAAAAAAUAACAGACUUCAAACUGAAGAGCUUUAAGUGUCUGGAGUGUUCCUUUAAUACAUUCGCACAUCUUGCCAUUGUAGCUUGCAAAUUGCAUUUCAUCUCAAAUGAAUGAAGUAUUUGGUAAAUACAUUAUGCAUUGUCUUCAAUACAGAAAAGUAUAUUAUUUGUUCUUUUAUUUUUCUUUACCUUCUUCUCCACCUGCCACUCUCUAACUUCUGUUAUUUUCUACGCCUUCCCUUCUCCCUUCUUCUCACCAAAUUUCUGCCUUCAACUUCCUGCCCUGCUUUCCUUGCAGUAUCAUACAAGGAAAACUACUGAACCCAUGCUUUUGAUGUGUUAUUAACUUGGUUUAGUCUUUAAUCAUGUUUAAUUAUGUAUUUUUAUUUUAAGGAGGAAGAGGAAAAGAUGGAGCACCAAUUAUAACUUUCCCAGAAUACCCCAGCUUUACGGAGAUUCCUGAUGAGGAUUUUCUCAAUGUUGUAACAUAUUUAACCAGCAUUCCCAGGUGAUAACCUACGCUGCAUGCUUUGGAACUAGAACAGACUACAAGUUUGCAAAACACUUUCCUUUCAAAGAUGAACAGAUUUCCUUAGGUUUUGUUGCCACUUAAAGGGACACUCCACACCACCAAAGCACUUAAACUUGUUAGAAUGCUUUACGUGUAAGGAGUGUGUCCUCUUUAUUACAUUUUACAAAUAGUACACAUUUCAAUAGAAAUAGAAAUUAGCACUUUGAUAAAUAAACCUUGGCUUUCAAGCAGACAAAUGGUCCUGUUACUUCCUGGUUGUUUAAAGGAAUUCUAUAGCGUAUGGAAUAAAAAGUUUAAUUCCUUACACCACGUCAACCCCAAUGAUGCUUUGCAUGACUUUGGCUCAGAAAGGGUUAAAAAUUACUUCAUUUUUUUUUCUAACACUUACACAAUGUCCUUUGGUGCUGAGUCUCCUGCGACACCAUCACACGGCUUUGUAUGAAGUGAGGGGAUAGAAGGAUUUGUGUUAAGAGUGGGAUCCUGAUGACUUAUUUUACUUCAUUUGAUAAACAAUUUGUCAUAAGAAUGAGUUGUUUUGCACAGGAAAUGUUAAUGUUGAAAAUUAUAAAACACAACACCCCAAGAGUGUUGAACUCUCAGGACAAUAUUAAUUGGUAACAUCAAUGAAAGUAUAUGUGUAUGCCAUUAUGUCAUUAUAAACAUUGUUACAUUUUAUAUACUUUUUGAAUGGGGAAGAAAUUUGAAGAACUGUUUCUUUGUAUGUAAUGAAAUGAUGUGUUGAAACUCUCGAGAAUUAUUUCAACCUUGAUAUCAAACAAUAUCUCCAUUUGCUCUGAUUGCUCAGUGAUCUAAAACAUCAGUGACCUGUGAUCUAAUAUAUCCCCAGAAACAUAGGUAGACUUCUCCAUGGAGCGAUAUAGUCUUUUUUGUUAUAUGUACAUUAUUUUAUUGAUCCUUAUAACAUGGAGCUUUUAAUUUAGUAGUAGAAGCCUUUGAUAUUAUUACUAUUAUUAUUAUUAUUAUUAGUAGUAGUAGUAGUAGUAGUAGUAGUAGUAGUAGUAGUUACAAAGUGCCAACUUCAGCAGUGCUUUACAAUAUUAUGGAUGGGGGAAUGUAACAAUGAAUGGGACAAUUGCAAAAUGAUACAGGAACAACAGGUAGAUAAGGGCCCUGCUCAGACAGGCUUACAGUCUACAGGAAUGGAGUAUAAGGACAUCAAGGGGAAUAACAAAAAUUUGGUAGAAAGGUAACCGAACUGGAGGUGGGAGUUGAGUGUGGCUCUUUAGGAGAGAGCUAUGACAGAUUUGUAACAGAUGGGUUUUGAGAAACUUCUUAAACAAUUGAAGACUAGAGGAGAGUCUGACGGGAGAAAGCAGACUAUUCUGAAGCAAAGGAGCCGCUUGUGAAAAGCCCUGCAAGCAUGAGUUAUCAGUGAGGGUGAUAGGAGCGGUCAGGAGAAGGUCACCUGCAGAGCGGAGAGACCGAGACGGGGCAUUUCUAUGAAUCAGUGAAGAAAUGUAACAGUUGUUUAAAGCUUUAUAGGUAAGGGUUAGUAUAUAUGUAGCGGAGAGCUGAUUUCUCACAGUUAAGAGGAUGCAGGAACAAGUAAUAAAUCCAAGAGAAUAUCCAGCGCAAUCAGCAAUACAAUCCCAUCACUUUCCCCAAUCACUGGACGACACACAGUAUCAGGAGUAGAACUAACUUUUAAUGGCAACAUUCCUGCUUUUAUGAGAUUCUCCCAUGCAAGGGAGGGAUUCACCACAAUUAGUACAUUAUCCAAUGCCAGCGACGUUACCUCCCACACAUCUCCUCCCCUUAGAUUAGCCUUUAAUACAAUUAUACACAGCACAUUUUCCCCCACUUUUCAGAUGAACCCCAAAUAGGUGGAAUAUGCCCUUAAAUAAGUUUUGACCGACCGCAUGGGCAAAGUAGCCAAAAAUAGCUCCAUGAUAUCUGGCCCUGCGGUCGGUCUCCAUUCGUGCCCCAAAAGUCCCGAAUUGCUAUAGCAUCCAUAGUGCAUUCGGUAACUGGAUGAAUCCACUAGUUCGUGGGAUUCAUCCUACCGAAUGCCAGGCCGUUCGUGGGUUUCCAUCCGUGCCUUCUGAGGUCCUGGAGGUCUUAGCGGUGUUCGGCUAGUCGAGUGUCUGUUUUCAGUUCCAGACACUCGACGACUAAACACCGCUGUUCGCGGAUUUAAGAUGGCGACCGCCACGUGUUCGGCUGCCAAAAUGGCGGCGGGUUCGUGCGUACAAGGGAAUGAAACGCAAGCAGGGAGGUAAAUUACAUCCAUUAUACACAUCAGGGUGGUCCGGUUCAUUCGGUACUUUGUUCGUAUGGUGAAUUUUAGUUGUUAACAUGUCAGCUGUUAUUCCCAUACCGAACAAAGUAUGUCCAUACCCAGUUACUUAGAGUUUUGUGUACUCUAGGCACAGGAAAAUCUCUGCAGGGCCAACAAGUAAUAAAAGGAAUAGGGCAGCCAAAAAGGGGUUCCGCUACAAUAUAGAAUUGACAUCUAUAGGUUACAGGAAGCCAGUGUAAUGAUCGACAGAGCGGCAAAGUAUGGGUGGAGCAGCAGGGGAGAAAGAUCAGCCUCGCAGCAGCAUUCAUUACAGACUGUAGCAGGGUAUUUCGGCUUCUGGGGAGACCAGUUAGGAGAGAAUUACAAUAAUCCAUGCGAGAAAGAACCAUAGCAUGAACAAGCUCCUGGGCAGCAUCUUGUGUAAGAAAAUGAUGGAUGCUGGCAAUGUUUUUAAGGUUGAGUCGACAGGUUUAAGCAACAGAUUGGAUAUGAGGCACAAAGGUGAGGCCAGGAUCAAAGAUAACACAAGUACAGAGAGCUUGCAAUGAUGGAUUGAUGCAGGUGCCACUAUAAACUUUCAGUGACAGCGAAAGAGGAGGAUCAGAAUUAUAAGGAGAAAAAAGAAGAAGCUCUGUUUUAGAGAGUUUGAGUUUCAGAAAUCAGGAGGACAUCCAGUCAGAGAUUGAAGAAAGGAAAGACAAGCAUUGACACGUUGUAGUACAACAGUGGAGAGAUCAGGUGAAGAGAGAUCUGGAUGUCAUUGGAAGCCAAGGGAAUGAAUGAUUUUGCCAAAAGAGGCAGUAUACAGAGAGAACAGAAGAGGACCAAGAACAGGACGAGGGGAGGUGUCAUUAUACAAGGAGGCGUUGAACGAACGUUGGGAAAGAUAGGAGGACAGUAUUGCAGAGGCAAAGGAAUUGAAGAGUUUGGAGAAUGAGGACAUAAAUAACAGUGUCAAAGGCAGCAGAGAGGUCAAAAAGAAUUAGUAUUUAGUACUGAUUUUUGGAUUUAGCUGCAGUUAGGUCAUUUGUAAGCAGAGCAGUCUCAGUAGAGUGGAGUGGCGGAAGUCAGAUUGAAAAGAGUUGAGGAGAGAGUUGGAAUUGAGGAAACAAGCCAAACGAGUAAAGACAAGUCUUUCAAGAAGCUUUGAGGAAAAAGCGAGCAGUGAUAUGGGGCGAUAGUUGGAAGAGGAAGAUGGGUCAAAAGAUGGCUUUUUUUAGGAUGGGUACGACAGUAGCAUGUUUAAUUUGCAAACACCAGAAGAAAGAGAGCAGUUGAAAAUGUGCUUUAAGGAUGGUACAAGACAAGGGGAGAAAGAUCUGAUAAGGUGAGCAGAUGGGAUCAAGUAGACAAGUGGUGGGAUGAGAGGAUGUUCAGUAGCCAUGAAGAAGGCUUUAAGGGUAGCGAAGGUAUGAUGCAGGUGCGGUUGAGAGAGAGGAGCAAGGUGGGGAGAAUUAUUUCCUUAACUGUUUAAUCAAUGUGUGUUUUGUAAGGUUGUCAAUAGCAAAGGUUAAAAUGUAUUUGUUCUUUGUGCUCAUAGGUAUUUUUAUUCAUUAGUUAAAUAUUAAGCUUAUUAAGCCAUAUGGUUCAUGUCAUUCAAGUCCAUUUUAGAAACUGUGUGAGAUAUAAAUAGCCUUUGGUCCCUGUGCGUAAAUUGUGAUCUGCGGUCUAGUGUAGAGGAGAUGGUACAUAGAGAGGUGAAAAGCAUGCCUUAUUAUAAUGCCAUUUGUAACCCUGGUAGCAGAUAGUAAAGUUCAACUUCAUGGCUGCUGCCAUAUAUUGUACACAUUAGUGCAAGCUAGGCAUGGCAUCCCAUGGAAAUAAUGAACAUUUCUGAUGGCUACCCUGAGAGUUCUUUGUCUAUUUCUGUUUCUCAAGUCCUUCACAUAAUAGCAGGGCUAUAAACCACAAUCAGGGUCAGGUCUGCCAAGCCAAAUCAUAUUUACAAAUAAAUAGAGCACUGUAGAGAUGGGCUCUUUAACUACUAACACAAUGCAUUUUAACUGUCAAAGAUCUUUAUCAAUAUAAAUGCAACCAAAAAUAUGGAGGAUAUAGCUGUGAAUCUACAAAAAUGAACACUUAAAAGAGUGUAACACUGGGGGGUGGAGCCUGCCUGUGGGGCUGAGUAGACACUAUCUGUGAGCUACUGAGCCUGGGCCCGAUUAUCGGCUGAAAUCGUGGGCAAAUCGCCUUAUCUUGAGCCAGAACCUACCUCCUUUUGCUAUACAGAAGUUGGUGAACCGGGGGAUACCUUGCAUGCCCAAAAUGCCCGCUGGAAUGCCUGAGCCAAGGCUUGGGGCCUACACUACGCAGAGCAGGGUAGAGGCGGCUGCUCUCCCGGCCCAUCAAUGCACGCAGCAUCCACGGUACUCAGCUAAACCCCCGUCCCCCAGGACCGGCGGGGGUUAUCCCAGUCCCAGUCAUCCCAAUCCACAUACCUCUGUGGACUCCGAAAACUGA